GGCAGAAGGGCAGGAAGGUAUCAAGGGUGUGCCGGAACCAAUCGGGAGGCAGCAGGUAGCUUGUGAAUGGGGAAGGCUGGAGGAGGGAGGAGCCGCCGCGCGCUCAGCAGCGAGGCUUAAAGAAUCACAAUAAUAACACUUCCCCCCAAAAAAAUCGUACAAAAAGGGCGAGCGAUCGCAGGUGAUCGAGGCGAGCGAUCCUGGGGGAAGGCGAGACCGGGCGCUAGAGGCGGAGGGCGGGGCCUGGCUCAGGGAAACCCGAGUGGAGAGAAAGUAACUUUGCAAGGCGCGGCAUGGCAGCGGCAGUAGCGGAACGCCCGGGCAGGCUCUGCGGACGGGAGCCGCGGCUGUGAGCGCGCAAGCGGAGAGGGCUGCUCGCGGGGCCAGGCGGAAGGUUCCUUCCUGCGAGAUCGCGGCAGGCUGAGACCGAGGGACUUGGAGAGAGAAAAAACGCCCCGGGUUUUUAUAAUUUAAUUUAAUUUAAUUUAAUUAUUAUUACAAUCCGGGUUGCGCGAUUUGGCUUUGGAGUAGGAACCUGCGGCCGGCUUUCCUCUUUUCAUCGUCGUCCAGCCGGAUCAGGCUUCCUCCUCCUUCUCCUCCUCCUCCGGAGCCGGUCCGGUAACCGGGCAGCGUUCAAGGGAACGGGCGGGCGCCGCCGGAGCGCACAGCCAGGCGAGGCGAGCGCGCGCCGGAGCGCUCCAGCCGCGCGUCAUGGAGAGCGCGCACAGCUCGACGGCCGAGGAGGUGCUGCGGCGCUUCGGCGUGCGCGAAAGCUGCGGGCUGAGCGCGGAGCAGGUGCGGCGGAACCGGGAGAAGUACGGCGCCAACGGUGAGUCCUGUUGGGGUCGAAGCCGCCUCGCUCCCUACCGCCGGAGAACCGCGAUGCCAUCCAUGGUGGCUUUCAGAACGGCGAUGUCAUCAGGACGGGUUUGGGGAUUGGAGUCAGGGUUAGCCCUACUCAGAGUAGACCCAUUGAAACCUAUGGUUUCAGGUCGCAGCCACGCCAUGCAGUCAAAGCGCUCUGCACCGGGCAUGGCUCGCCCCCUCCCCAAAAAAGAAUCCUGGGAACUGUAGUUUUUAAGGGUGCUGAGAAUGGCAGCAUCCUUCAACUACAGUUCCCAGGAUCCUUGGGGCAGGGGAGGCAUGACUGACUGUGGUGUAAGAGUGCUUUUGGAUGGGUCCUACCGAUUUCUAUGGGUCUGCUCUUGGUUGCAGGGAUGCCAACUUGAAUAACAUAGGGGGGGACAGGUAAGCCUCCCGCUGCAUAAUCAUCUCAUGAUGUGGCACAUACACACCAUUUGAAUGACAAUGUCCAUCGACUUUGAGGGCCCCAGCUCCCUCAAAUAUUACGUUGGGGGGCAAAGGGACCUCAUCCGCUGCAAGUUGGCUCUUAUGCUGUUUGGGUGCAACCCUUUGUUUUCCACAUAGUGGGCUACCUUGAAAGGGGCCCACCUAAACAGAGAGUUUAUAACAGGGUGUGUGAUCUGGGAUAAGAGAGGUACUUUUAAUGGUUGGGUGUCCUGUGGGGUUUAUGUGAGGCUGGAGAGGGUGGCUCUGUGGGGCAUGGGAGUGCCAUCCAGUUUGGGCAGUGGGUGGUAGGAUCCUGAAGCCAAAGGUGACUGGGCAGAGAGAGAGAGAGAGAGAGAGAGACAGAAAAGUGCAAUCGCCAAGAACCGCAGCCACUCCUUGUAGCUGCCCGAGAGCAGCACCAUGAAGACAAGAACCCUCUGCCCUUUCUUUCAGAGAUAGACUGCCCCUAAGCAUGCUAGUUCCAUUGCGAUGCUGCAACGGACAGCCAUUAAUUGGAUCCCUCCUCUGGGGACUUUUGUCUGAUCAGUUUUAAAAUAAGCACUCAAAGAGGAGCCCUGCUGCUAGAGCAAACCACAGGUUCCAUUUGGCUGAGCAGCCUCCUUCCGUAGAAGUCGGCACAAGGCUUCCGGGAUGUCUGCAAAAGCAGCCUUUUGCUCCCCUUUGUAUUUGCCCCUAGUAAUCUUACAGUUGCAGCGGAAUGCCCUGGACCCUGGAAGCUCCAUUGAGAGAGCUCCGAAAUGGCAGCUUUCAUGCUUGGAGGGGGAAGAGGAGCGACUGAUUUAUUAUUUUUAAAUGUUGCUUCAGAGGAUAAAUUGAGGUUAGGUUUGAAGACUGUGGCAGGGUGGCGGGUCAGAGAUUAUUUGGGCAUGAAAGGCAAGGCUUGCACCGGCCAUUGGUUACAGACCAUAGUGGUCUGACUGCCCGGUCAAGGAAGAACUGGCUGGGCCCUGGGCAGGCCCUGGAAAACUGCUUUGCUUAGCAGUUACCUGGAAGGUGAAUCAUAGAAUCGUGGAGCUGGAAGAUGCCCCAAAGGUCAUCUAGCCCAGUACCUUGCCAUGAGAAGUGCUUGGAGCUGCGAUUGUGAAUCUGGUCAGGCCUGGGCCAGGGAGGGAGAGCAGGGAGCGGACACCUGGAUUUGCAGAGGGCAGAACACCUGGUUUGACUACUGGAAAGGAUGCAGUUCUGAGCAUCUGACGGGGUGGUGACCUAGGUUUUUGGGGAACUGCUCUGUGUUGGGACUUGGCUGGGGGUUGAUGUGUCUGUUGAUGAAUGGUGUGGGUGAAUUUUGGGGUGCAGGUGACCUGAAAGAGGCUUCUGGAGGGGGAUUUGGGUCACAGAGUAAACACAGGAACAUUAGCAAGCUGCUUUCUGUACCGGAUCAGUACCCUUGGUCUGUGUGUGCCUGAACCCAUCUAGCUGGGUGUUCCCUACACUGACUGGCAGCAGCUCCCUAGGGUUUUGUGUAGGUAGUAGUCUUCUCAUCCCUGCUUGGAGCUGCUGAAAGGAAUGGAAAUUGGGACUUUAGGCAUGAAAAGCAGAUGUCCUGCCACGGAGCCUUGACCCUUCCAACAUUCCAGCACAGACUUACAGAGUUGAAAGGGACCCUGAGGGUUCCCAGCAUUCAAACCCCGACUCAGCCAUGAAGCUCACUGGGUGACCUUGGGGCCAAGCAAGCACUACCGCUCUGUCUAACCUACCUCACAGGGGGGGGGGUUGUGGGGAUUAAAUGAAGGCAGGGAAGAACAAUGUUGGGGACCAUGAACUUCUUGGAAGAAAGACGGUAUAUCCUUUAUUUAGUUAUUGCAUUUAUAUCCCACCCAUUUCUUCAAGGAGCACAAGGUAGAGCACAUGCUUCUCCUCUUCCUCAUUUAAUCCCCACAACAACCCUGUGAGGUAGGUUUGGCUGAGAGGCAGAGCCUGGCCCAGGGUUAGCCAGUGAGCUUCAUGGCUGAGUGGGGAUUUGAACCCUGGUCUCCCAGGUCAUUGUCCGACACUCUAACCACUGUGCUACACCAGCUCUCCAUUCAUGCAGUGAAUAUUCAGGGUGGAGUGUGCAGGAGCCAGGAUUGGCAGAGGUGUCGUGGAUCAAGGAGUGUACUGAUUCAGGCUAUCACCCCACGUCUCACAGUAUUGACCACUCUAGAGGGAGCCAUUGUGAUCUAGAUCAGACUUUCUUAACCCUGGUUCCCCAGAGGUUGUUGGACUACAACUCCCAUCAUUCAUGACAACUGGUCUUGUUAGCUAGGGAUAAUGGGAGCUGUAGUCCAAAAAAUAGCUAGAGACCCAAGUUUGGGGAAACACUGCUCUAGGUGGUUCUUGCCGUCAGGCUGGUGCUCUCUUAGAUGUUGCUGGACCAGGCAUCCCCAAACUCGGCCCUCCAGCUGUUUUGGGACUACAGUUCCCAUCACCCCUGACCACUGGUCCUUUUAGCUAGGGAUGAUGGGAGUUGUAGUCCCAAAACAGCUGGAGGGCUGAGUUUGGGGAUGCCUGUGCUGGACUCUCAUCUCCCUGCCAGAGUGGCCAGUUGCCAGAGAGGAUGAUGGGAGUUGUAGUCCAAAGCAUCUAGAGGGGAAUGACUGACUUGGAAAUAAGGCCCACUGGGCUACUACGUUCUUUGGUAGCUACUCCCUCUAACCCAGGACUGAUGAUUAUCAUCCCUCCCAAACCUUGCAGGCCAAUGUUGGCAGGUGGGCAGGACCACCCACCUGUCAGUCAUCUGAUACUUUGAUUGUGCCAGGUGAAUGGCAGGUGCCCUGUCCAUCUGCCAGACCUGGCCUACGAAGGUGGGAAGAUAGUGACAGGGGGAUGGCUUGACUUUCCAGGUGGGUGAGAGUUCCAUAAGAUUUAUUAUUCUUAUUAUUAAGAUGGUGCAUGCAGCUUGCAGGCUUCAGCCUGGCAGGAGCCAGCUGCAAAUUAUUGCAUCGAUUCUUGUGGGUGGAGUCCCUCCCCCCUUCCUCUCCAAUCCCAAUUAACCUCCAUCUCCAGGGCUCAGUCAUGCUUAAUGACAUCACUGGAGCUUGCCUCCUGUGAGAUCAAAAGGGGCUGCCCCUAGGUCUCAGGUCUGAGCCGUGAAAUCUCAGGGUCCUGAUCUAGCAACUCUAGUAUUUUACUUGGAUGCAAUGUUCACUAUUGUAUGUUCACUAUUGUAUUGUAUUGUAUUGUAUGUUCGCUAUUGUAUUGUUCCUCACCUCUGCUGCAGAUAGCUCAGAUGGUAAGAGCACGAGACUCUUAAUCUCAUGGUUGUGGGUUCGAGCCCCACGUUGGGCAAAAAGAUUCCUGCAUUGCAGGGGGUUGGACUAGAUGACCCUCGGGUCCCUUCCAACCUUACGAUUUUAUGAUGCUCACGGAUAAGAGACCUGUGACCUUUGUUUCCUGCGGGCGCCACCUUUCCCCCGAGACAAUAAGAUUUGGUUAUCCCUACACAAAGAAGGGUGGAACUUGACACUGAGCCUCAGAACACAACCACACCUGAGUCAAUAUUUAUCUGAUUAGAAGAAAGCUCAUUGGAAAGUCCUUAUGCAGCCCAACCAAUAUUUGCAUAUGCAAAUAGCUUUGAUGAAGCUGAAAUGAAGUGUGUGUGUUGGAAAAUGGCAAAAGUUGGAGGAUGGGUUGUGCCAGGUUGUUGGGUGUUUUUUUUUAAAGGCAAUUAAUUUAAAAAAAAUAAAUUGUAAAACUAAAUUGAGUUUCAGAAGCAAUUUGUGAUCAUCUGCGCAGCCUAUUUUUAGAGGAUGCAUAUUUGUCUCUCUGUGUGUGUUCUUUUAAAGGCUACUUAUUGUCGGUGGGUAGAACGGAGGGGAGCCUGUUGUAGUUCUGCAGCAAAGCCCUUUCUUGCAACGCUCUCUGGAUUAUAGAAUUGUUGGGUUGGAAGGGAACCCAAGAGUCAUUUAGUCUAACCCCCUUAAAUGCAGGAAUCACGACUAAAGCAUCCAUGACUGAUGGCCGUCCAAGCUCUACUUUUAAAAACCUCCAAUGAAGGAGAGUCUGCCACCUUCCGAGGUAGACCAUUCCAUUAUAGAACGGCUCUCGCCGGCAGAAAGUUCUUCCUGAUGUUUAGUCGGAAUCUCCGUUCUUGUAAAUUUGGAGGGCAUGGCCAGCCCUAGUGUUGCAUGGAGUGAGGCAGCUGCCUCGGGUGGCAGAUACUGAGACGGAACUCAGCUGGGCAUCCUAUGCAGCCUUCUCUUUGCUAGCCUUCUGUCCUUGGGUGCCAUAGAGGAUGCUAAUUCGUCUUCAGCGUUAAGACUCAGCUGCCCAAGGGGGAAGCACCAUUUUGACAUGUGCUUCGGACUGCAAAAUGUCUUGGGCCAACUCUGCUGAAUGGCUUUGAUCAGGCACUGUCAACCUUCCUGCACCCAGGGCUACACUUGCAAACCAGAAAAACUGUUGUGGGCACCCCAUACCUAGAGGCACACACUGCAACCUGUUCUUUCAAGCCUGAGUUGACCCUUUGGGUGUCAAGGAACAGUGUUAGAAACUCAGAUAUAUAAGUUAACUCAGGGGUCAGCAAACACUUUCAGCAGGGGGCCGGUCCACUGUUCCUCAGACCUUGUGGGGGGGCCGGACUAUAUAUUUUUUGGGUGAGUGGGGGAAAAUGAACGAAUUCCUAUGCCCCACAAAUAGCCCAGAGAUGCAUUUAAAAUAAAAGGACACAUUCUACUCAUGUAAAAACAUGCUGAUUCCUGGACCGUCCGCAGGCCGGACUGAGAAGGUGAUUGGGCCAAAUCCGGCCCCCGGGCCUUAGUUUGCCUACCCAUGAGUCAACUGCCAAAACACACCUUAAACAUAGCUUAUGGUGGCCACAAUGGUAUGUCUAGGCGCCAUUCCCCCUCUCCCAGUGGAGAUUGUUAUUGUAAUUAUUCUUUUUCAUUUCAUUUCUAUACUGCAUUAUAUUUUAAAGAAAAUAUAUGGGAUAUCUAUUCAGUAAGUAAGCUCUUCUCCUUACCUGCUUAAGAAAACUGGAGGGGCCAGCCAGGUGGAGAUGUCAGUCACCAAGCUAGCAUCCAGAGAUCUCUAGGUGGUCACAACUGGACCUGCGCCAGUCACAAGACGAGCCUGGCGCCUGGCUAUUUUCGAACACUGUUGGGGAAGACCUCUCUGGCCAGCUUGUGCACCGAAAGGCAUCUUUCCGCUGACCAGCUUGGCGGAUCCUGAACUCGCGCCCACCUCUGGCUUCUUUACAGACUCAAGGGAUGGCUUUGGAGGUUGAAGGUGAUCAACGGCUGCCAUCUGGUGAUCUCUUACUAGGCGCUGCUGGACUUUGCGAGUCCUAGUUCUGAGCAAGCAUGCAUAGGAUCGGGCUGGGUGCGAGUUAACCAGCCCUUCAGGAUCAGGAAUCUUCUGCCACAGGUGCUCUUGGCAGUUCCGCAGGAAAUCAGGAGGGAUUGAGCACAAGGUGAUCUGCAAGGCGAAUGCACUCUAAACUUCCUAGCCAACAGUAUCGGAAGCUGCCUUGAACUGAGUCGGAGUGUUCGCUCUUUUCAGACAAGGGACAUUCCCAGUCCUACCAGGAAACGCAGGGGAUUCAUCUUAGGUCCUUCUGCAUGCAAAGGUCUACCACUCAUCUGCCACUGAGCUACAGCUCUGUGGGUAUAGAUGGAGAACGCCGAGACCCUACAAAUCUUUGGCGUUCAAUUGAGCCUUUGGUUUAUAAUAGCACAUUGCAUUUUAUUAAAUCAGGGGUGGAGAACCCGCACCCCACCAGAUGUUGCUAAACUCCAUCACUGACCAGUGACCAUGCUGGCUGGGGCUGAGGGAGCUGGGAGCCGCCAACAUCUGGAAGUCACCAGGGCUGGCAACCCCUGGAAGAAAAACUGCUGCGUUUUGUUGGGUGGCUAGAAGAAACUGAAACUGGAAACCCUUCUUGACUGUGUAGAGAAAUGGGGAAGAGUAUCUGCUUUGCAUGUGAAAGGUCCAGGUUCAAUCCCUGGUAUUCGUCGGGAAGGACUGGGGAAACCCAUUGGAAACGCUGGAAAGCUGUUGCCAGCCAGUGUUGACAGCACUGAGCUUGAUGGACCAAUUGUCUUCAGAGCCAGUGUGGUAUAGCUGUUAACAUAUAGGGCCUGGGAGACCAGGGUCCUCACUCAGCCACGAAGCUCAUAGGAAAGUCACAGCCUCUCUGCCUAGCCUACCUCACAGGGCUGUUGUGAGCAGGAGAACUGUGUACACCAUCUUGAGGCCCUUGGCAGUGGUGGACUUUGGGCUUUCAAAUUUCAGCGGCACCCUGUGCAACUCUAAAACGCAAAUUGGCCGUGCUCCCCUAAUUCCGCCUCUGCUCUUGGAGGGAAGGUGGGUUAAGACUGUAACGAUUAGAAUAUGUGCCCCCAAAUGAUCAGUUGAACCUGUUACAAAUAUAUAUUAUUUUUUAUUUCUUUUUUUUAAUUACUUUUUUAUUCAAAAUUAAAACAAAACAUAUUAUCCAGAAAUAUAUCAUCCUUAUUUUCCCCCUUUUUUCCUCCCCCCCCCACAGAACCCACCCACCCCCCGACUUCCCUCAGUUCCAGUCUUUGAUUUCUCAAAAAAAUGCUGUUUUCUGCUUGUUACACAGUUGUAUAGAUCCUCAAACUAUUUAAGUAAUUAUUAUCAUUAAAAAGUUUGUGAAUGUUUAUUCAAAACCAGCCAAGGAGUCCAGUUCGCUUUGUUGCAUCUUCAAAUACUUUGUAAAGGGUUCCCAUUCAUCUUUAAAGUCACAGUUAUCCUUGUCCUGUAGCUUGUAUGUCAGUUUUACCAGUUCUGCGUAGUCCAUCAACUUUUCUUGCCAUGAUUCUUUAGCUGGGGUUUCUUCAGUCUUCCAUCCUUGUGCUAUUAAAACUCUCGUGGCCGUUGUCGCAUACAGGAAGAUGUUUUUCAGCUUUUUUGGCAUAUCUUUCCCUACAAUCCCUAAUAAAAAUGCUUCAGGUUUGUUAACAAAUGUUAAAUGGAACAUUUUCUUCAAUUCGUUAUAUAUCAUUUCUCAAAAUUUUUUAAUUACCUUACAAUCCCACCACAUAUGAUAAAAUGUCCCCUCCUUUUAUUUUUUAUUUCUUUAACGUGGUUAUGUCCUGCUUUUCCUCCAGGGAGCUCAAGGUGGCAUGCAUGGUUAUUUUCCUCCCCAUUUUAGCCUCACAGCAACCCUGUGAGGUAGGUUAGGCUGCCAGUUAACAUAAGAACAUACAUCUUUUUAAAAAGAAAUGCAAGUAAGGAGCUGGCCCUACCAUUAGGCAGAGUCAGGAAGACGCUUCAGGCAGCGGUGAGGUGAGCAGUGGCAGCAAGAUGUCAGAGGAGAGAGCUACAACACCUGCCCUGUCCAAACCUGUUGCUUAUGAGUGCGGCCAGAGUUCUUGUCCCAUCACCAGUGUUGAAGUAAGCUGUCACUGCCAGGGUACAGAGGUGCCAUCUUGGGCCCCACAGUGGAGGUGCUCAGCGCCGCAGUAUACCCCUGUGACAUCAUGCACGGUGUUUAGUGCAUGCCUCUGGCAUCACGUGUGCACUCUGAACAAACUACAACUCCCAGAAUUCCUGGGGGGAAGCUGUGAUGAGCUAAAGUGGUUUCAGAGUGCUUUAAGGAUAUGGUGCAGCCUUUUAGUGGUACAGUGGUACCUCUGGUUACGAACUUAAUUUGUACCGGAGGUCCGUUCUUAACCUGAAACCGUUCUUAACCUGAGGUACCACUUUAGCUAAUGGGGCCUCCCGCUGCCGCUGUGCGAUUUCUGUUCUCAUCCUGAGGUAAAGUCCUUAACCUGAGGUACUACUUCCGGGUUAGCGGAGUCUGUAACCCAAAGUGUUUGUAACCCAAGGUGUUUGUAACCCGAGGUACCAUUGUAUUUGGUCAUAAGCUGGACUGAGGCCACAGUGGCCAGGUAGGCUUCCUUAAUGAUUUGCUCCUUUUCCAUCCGACAAUGUGCAGAACGGCUUGUUUAUGAUGGAUGAUUUUGCCGUCAGAGCGGAGCCCAUUUAUAAAUUAACGGAACGCUGUUUCUUGGGAAUGGUAUUUAUUUGUAAUUCUAUAAUUAAAAGAAGGUUGUAGCUUGCUGCAUCCUGGAAGGCGUUCAGAGAUUGAGCGCAGCCAAAUUAAAGUGAAUCAUUCCUACGCUUUUUGGAGGCAGCUUCUUUGGAGACAGUCCAGUUGGUGGCGGUUUCUCCAAUCGAAACAAAAAAACCCACAUUGUUGUGAGAAAUUGGCCCUCUUCGUAAUCUUACGGUUGCUUAAAAAGAGGGAUGUGACCUUUUCCACAAAUGAACAACCAAGCUCCCAUCUACAAAGCAACUGUUUUUAAAGGCAUUCAUUGAAAUGUGGUUUCGGGUUAGGACUGCAGAGUCCUGGGUUCAAAUCCUACUUUGGCCCAGAGUCUUUGGAUGAGUCUCCAACCUGCCAGCUAAGAUUUUCUUUGGACACUCUGUUGGCGGUUUUGUUUUUGUGAGGUGCCUAGUGGCCACCCCCACCACGAAAGUUCACUGAGAGGGGGACAAAGCAUUGUUCCCAGUGGAGUUCUGAAAGAAAAAAUGGCUGCCACAGCUACCUCAUGCAGAGCCACUACCAAUAAGUCUCCACUUCUGUCCCCCUCAAAAAAUAGCUGAAAUGCACCCCCUCAGUGUGUGAGCAUGUUUUGACUUUUUUUCUUAAAUGAGGUUGUGAAUUAACUUGUGUUGAUUGUUUUAAUUAUAGUGGGCAGUGUUCUUGGUUAUCAAUUGGAAGAGCAGUAUAUAUAUAUAUAUAUAUAAUAAAUAUUUGCUCCUUGUCGAUGGGAUCAGGGAGGGACUUUGGUAAUCUUUCGUAAUAUGAUACCCUUUGUAAGCCCAAACUUUGUAGUAUUUUAGGUAGGGUUUGAAAUCAGCAGGGCACCAGGCACAUUUUGCACCUAAAGAUUCUCCAUUUGCGAGCAACGUCUGGGUGCUCAGUGAUUACUGAAAUAAUGUAUGUGCUUUGAAGCCUCAAAGUAUAUGUUAAGGAUAGGCAACAUGUCAAGGAGUUUAACAAUAAAGAGUAGAGUGUUUUGAAAACUGAAGCAUGGUGCCAUUAUUUUUAUUGGAAACACCAAAUUAAACAUGUAUUAACAAUUUCUGCUAAAAAUGUGUCACUUAUGUGAAUUGUGUGUUAGUUCGUGUUUAUCAAAAUAAUAAAUGAAAAUUGUUGCCACAUGGCAACUAGACAAUCUGUUUUGGCGCCCACAACCCAGGUCUCAGGAGCCAUUUGGCUCCUAGCUCUUCUAUCCCAGUUUCUAACACUGAUUUUAGGGGAAUGAGGGCCUCCUAACAGCUUUCAGCACCCUUAUUUUUUAAUUUCAUUUCACAAAACGUAAAUACUGCUCGGUUGUAUUUACCUUUAAGAAACUACAGUUUCCAGGUUCUUUGGGGGAAAGCCACGACUCUUGAAAGUUGCUAUAUGGUGCUUUAAAUGCACGCUGUGAGAGGGGGCCUUAAGGCACCUUCCUGAGUAAAGAAACUGCCUGCAUUUCAAGGCAGUUAUGAGGGAGGAAAGGGAUAAAUAAUAAAUUCUGCCCUGGGGGGCAGAUAGAUAUGCUGGUGCUUUGUUAUUCCAGGGAAUAGAUGUCUUUGUGGGGCCGGUUUGUGGGGUGCUUUUGCAGCUCCAUGUCCCAAAUAGGAGGGGCAGCUCUCAUGAUAUACUUCUCUUCUGUAAGAUGCUGCUUCUCCAGGAGUGAAUGUUGAAUCCAUGGGCUCCAUCUACUUUCCUGCCCGUAGGACAAAAACUUGAGUCAUAAUCCCAUUUCUGGCUGUUGUUCCCAGUUUUCUUUUAGUGGGGUGAUGCCAGUGGUUCUGUUUCCCACCUCAUGGCGGUAGUCCCCAUCAGUGGCGGACCUUGGUGUGUGUGGGGGUCCUCUAAUUUCAGUGGCAGCCUGUGCAGCACCAAAAAUUGGCACCUACUUGCCUCUCACUUUCCAUUCUGCCUUAUAGCUGUGGCACCCUUGUGGCACAUGUGAUCCCAAAGGUCCGCACUCAGAGCAGCCACGCCGGUUGUGCUCUCCUAAAUCUGCCUUUGCCCUCAUUGAAUUGCUUGCAGGUGACCCUUUCAGAUUGGUUUGGCCCCCCCCUUUAAAACAGCCCCUUCAUUUGGGUUGCUCGAAAUGGGGAAAAUGCAAGUGAAUAUGCAAGGUUCAUUUUCUCGCAUUUGCUCUUGCUUCUGUGUUCGUGGGACGUAGAAUCGCCUGCCCACCCCAAUCUUGGAGCAGUGUGAGAUUCCAGGCAUUUACCUGGGGUUCACGUUUCCUUUUGGGAAUGAGGCACAGCGAAGACUGUGGCGUCUUUAGGAUUUAUGGUUUAUUGACACAUCUAUGCAACCUGAAGCUGAGGCUCCAAUGCAGGCAUAGGCAAACUUGGCCCUCCAGAUGUUUUGGGACUACAACUCCCAUCAUCCCUGACCACUGGUCCUGUUAGCUAGGGAUGGUAGGAGUUGUAGUCCCAAAACAUCUGGAGGGCUGAGUUUGUCUGUGCCUGCUCCAAUACUUUGGCCACCUCAUGAGAAGAGAAGACUCCCUGGAAAAGACCCUGAUGUUCGGAGAGACUGAGGGCACAAGGAGAAAGGGAUGACAGAGGACGAGAUGGUUGGACAGUGUUCUCAAAGCUACCAGCAUGAGUUUGACCAAACUGCAGGAGGCAGUGGAAGACAGGAGUGCCUGGUGUGCUCUGGUCCAUGGGGUCACGAAGAGUCGGACACGACUAAACGACUAAACAACAACAACAACAACAACAACAACAACAUGCAACCUGAGCCUGAGAUGGAGGGGUUUGUAGCAUUAACAACCCCAAAAGGUCUUGUUUCUCUUAUAGCCAGAAAUCAGACAUUGUGCUCUGGCUCUCUGGCUUUCCAUCCUCAGCUUUGCUUCUAGGUCACAUUGCAGACACUUUCAACUCUAAACUCAGGCUUAUGUCCUUUUCCCAUCUUAUAUAGAGACCCCUCUCUUUUGCUUUCUUCAUGGCCCAUCAAACUAGGUGAUUACCUGAACACCUGACUUGGUUACCUUCUAACACUUGCAGGUUCCAGGGAUAGAGUGUCUGGCACCCAGUUUAACACCCCAAGCCUUGAUUAAAUUCCAACACUUACUGGAUCCAGGGAUUUAUCGUGGUCUGGCACCCACAAACUCAUAACACUAGAAGAAUACAGUGGUGGGGCUGGAAGGGACCUCCCGGGGAGCCCUCCUUGUCAUUGGUGGGUGGGGCUAGAGGUAAAAGUGGGUGGAGCAAUAUACAGUAGGUCACAUUCCAGUCAUAGGAAAGUUCAGAGCCUUCUGCACACACACACACACACACACACACACAUCCCUCCAUGUUGGGCAAGACAGAGGCAUGAUAACAUUUCGGGAACUCUUCCCAGCAAGCAAAAACACUUGAAGAGGCAGGGCUUUCGAUGGGUGGCACCCGGGGAAGAGCCUCAAGGGAUGGAUAUGGAUGCUGGGGGGUGUGUGUGCAUUUGAGCUGUGGAAUAGAGGUUCUUUCCCCAGGAUUUGGAGGAAGACAGCUUUGUUUUGAAGGAUCUGGCAAGUUCACAGCCAGAUCUGCAAUGUGUAGAUUUGUUAAUCUCUCCUUUUUCUUUUUAAAAAGUGAUAAAUGGUUGCUAGGAAGAAAUUGUUUGCUUGUUGCAUAACCGUGUGUGUGUUCUGUACACACACACACACCGGCUUCCUGCUUCCAUUAUGCUUUUAUUAUUAUUAUUAUUAAGUGCCAGCUAAGCUUCAGAACAGCUUGAUCCGUAAAAUGUGCUGGGAGGGACAAGGCAGACCUUAGCAAAUUAGUUUGUAGACUUUCCAGAUUUUCUUCUGCUUUUGCAUCUUGUCUCGCCUUCUGAGAGCCAAACCCGAGGCUCUGCGGCAGAUGUGUGAACAGUCCUCUGGCGUUUUUUUACGCAGGAGAUCGAGCAGCGGGGAGGGCGGUGGAGGGGAGGGUAAGGCAAGUUGACCCUCUCUGACUUCUUUUUCUCCCAUGAGAGACAAGCGCACUGAACUUUCCUGGCCUUAUAACAACAAGAAAUGACACAGGUGCCCUCUUUCUAUUCAGGUAUUUAGCUUUCUGAUAUGGCAUUGGGGGAGAAAAGAGAAAUGCUUUUUUAAAAAUUUAAACAACUUCCUGACUCAUCCAGCUCAACUUUCUGUUCUUCAGCACAUCGCCCACCUUCCAGCCCCCGAUGCACACACUUAAAACUGUCUGAUUCAUAAACAUUCAGUCCGCCCCACCCCCUUCUCCCAAUCCUUUUUCCCUCUGGGGAAAUCCAGAUUACAUUCAAAAUGCCUUGGGUGCUUGAUAAUUUAAUUUAAGCAAGCCCUGAAUUUUGAAUUGGGGAAAGAUUUGCUUUCACUUUUUAAAGCCUGUUGGGCUGGCAGCAGCAGUGCAGCUAUAAACACGGGAAUUUGGAUAGAGGGCUGAGCUUCGUUUGGAGACGUACGAUGGGCUGUAGCUCAUACUUGAACAUGAGAAGAGCUUGCUGGAUCAGGCCAGUGGCCCAUCUAGUCGUCCAGCAUCCUGUUCUCACAGUGGCCAACCAGAUGCCUCUUCUGGGAAACCCGCAAGCAGGAUUCAAAGCAAGAGCAGUCUCUUCUCCUGGGGGCUGAGGUUCUGAUACUCACUUUUAAAAUAAAUCAGAAAAUGUCUUCACCCUGCUCUUUGAUCAGUAAGAUGCUCAAAGUGGUUAAUAUGACAUUAGAAAGAACUUCCUGAACGCAAGAGUUGUUUGACAGCAGACUCCCCUUUGUGGGAGGUUUUUAAGCAGAGGUUAGAUGGCCAUCUGCCAGGGAUUAUUUUGCGAUUCCUGCAUUGCCAGGGGUUGGACUAGAUGCCUCUUGAUGCCCCUUCCAGUUCUAUGAUUCUUUGGCCUCUGAUUUUGCAAAAGCUGCAUAGCCUUCAACGCCCUCUGUCUUGUCACUCUUGAAUCCUGAUGCAUCCCGGCCCACAAUUUCAACUGAUGCAUAGCAAUUACAGUGGUACCUCGGGUUACAGACACUUCAGGUUGCAGGUGCUUCAGGUUACAGACUCCGCUAACCCAGGAAUAGUAUCUCAGGUUAAGAACUUCAGGAUGAGAACAGAAAUUGUGCGGCGGCAGCGGGAGGCCCCAUUAGCUAAAGUGGUACCUCAGGUUAAGAACAGACUUCCAGAACAAAUUACCGGUAAGUUCUUAACCAGAGGUACCACUGUAUAUCCUGCUCUUCAGCUGGAAAGGCUCCCAAGGCAGCUUACAUCUCAACAAAAUACAGUGUGGUCCCUACCCUUGGGCUGAUCUAAGAAGGCAUGGCACAAAAGGAAAAUGGAAUGGGGAGGGAAGAGGAUAUGUCCAUUCUCUUUUAAAGCCAUCUAGGUUGGUGGCCACCCCUGACUCCUGCAAGAGUGAGUUCCAUAGUUCAACUGGCCGCUGUGUGAAGAAGGAUUUUCUUUUAUCUGUCCUGAAUCUUCCCACAUUCAGCUUCAUGCGAUGCCCACGGGUUCUUGCAGGGGAAACAUUUCCCUAUGCGCUUUCUCCACGCCACACAUAAUUCUGUGAACCUUUUUUGUGCCACUUCUCCCUGGCCUUUUCUCUAACAUAUGAUGUCCCGAACACCACGACCUUUCCUCAUAGCUGAGCUGCUCCAUCCCCUCAAUCAUUUUGAUUAUCCAUUUCUGGACCUUUCCCAACUCAAAUAGGAUAUUGUAGAGUCGGAAAAGGUUCAGAAAAGAGGGGGGGGGGGAACUGUGUAAAGAGAGACAGCUUGGCCAGUUAACCCCUCAAAAUAUAUACAGUGGUACCUCUGGUUACAUACGCUUCAGGGUACAUACGCUUCAGGUUACAGACUCUGCUAACCCAGAAAUAGUACCUCAGGUUAAGAACUUUGCUUCAGGAAGAGAACAGAAAUUGUGCUCCAUUGGCGCGGCAGCAGCAGGAGGCCCCAUUAGCUAAAGUGGUGCUUCGGGUUAAGAACAGUUUCAGGUUAAGUACGGACCUCCGGAACGAAUUAAGUGGUACCUCGGCUUAGAACUUAAUUCGUUCUGGAGGUCCGUUCUUAACCUGAAACUGUUCUUAACCUGAGGUACCACUUUAGCUAAUGGGGCCUCUCGCUGCUGCUGCACAAUUUUUGCUCCCAUCCUGAGGUAAAGUUCUUAACCUGAGGUACUAUUUCUGGGUUAGCGGAGUCUGUAACCUGAAGUGUCCGUAACCCGAGGUACCACUGUACCUCACUCUUUCUUUUCCUGCUGUGACGAUGUUAUGAAUAGAUCUUUCUUCAGAAACCCAUCCCUCAAAUGGGAGGCAUUGAUAUAAAGAGUGCAGUGAGCAUGACUUUCUGAAAGCAGCAUGAAAGAGAUAAACUUUGUGGCUGAGAGUGAGUUGACACAUGGGGCUGCUGGGGGUGCGUGUGUGCGGGGAGCGACUCUGCGGCUUCUCGGCUGUUUCCAUGACGCGCUCUCUGUGUUUGUGAGAUUCAUUCUUCCGUCGGAUUAAAGCCUCCCUAACCGUUUUCGCGAGAAGCUGCUGGGGCCGAGCUGGAGGGCUGCCAGCUGCUUCCCAGAUGGUGGAAAGCACGGGUCGUAUCCAAUAAUUGUUUCGUAAUCUGCACACACCCAUUGGCAUGGCUGGACGUUGCAAACCUGGUCUCCUAGGUUCUUCUCUGAAUGGUACAGUGGUACCUCAGGUUAAGAACUUAAUUUGUUCUGGAGGUCCGUUCUUAACCUGAAACUGUUCUUAACCUGAAGGACCACUUCAGCUAAUGGGGCCUCCCGCUGCCGCUGCACGAUUUCUGUUCUCAUCCUGAAGCAAAGUUCUUAACCUGAGGUACUAUUUCUGGGUUAGCGGAGUCUGUAACCUGAAGCGUCUGUAAUCUGAAGCGUCUGUAACCCGAGGUACCACUGUACUUAGGCAGUGUUUGCACCAUACACACGAGAAUUGCCGCAAGACAGCCUUUCAUCUCCACAGUUCCGUGGUUGGAAAAGAAAGAAAGAAAUUCUGCAUGGUUUCCGAAACAAAAAGCAGUCCAGGGAAGCGGGUUAAGAUGCUCUCUUUCCUGCCCUGCCACAGGGCGCACAGCUUUUUGAGGGAUGUUCGGCUACCCCCAAAAUAAAGUGGUAGCCAGCAUGGGAUGCAAGCGCCCCAUUAAUCUAUCUGCGUUGGGUUUUUAAGUUUUCACUUAAGUUCAACUUCCCCAUCCAUGCCCCCACCCACCCACUAAAUCAAAUAAAUACAUAAAAAUAUUUAAAUAAAAGUAGAAAGAAUCAUAAUAUUUGAAAUUCAAAUGCUCACUGCAUUGGGAGAAAAAAAGGGAGGAAUUUGAGAUGGAAGUGCUGAAAAGGUUUUCAGCAAAUCCAAGAAAUCUUGUUUUAGUUUAGAUUUUUCUAAAAUAAGAUAAAAAAAGGCAAGCCCUUUGAAAUUUUGCAAAAUAUACUUGUUAACUGCGUGAAAGGUAUUCCCUGAUGUUAAUUUUUUAUAUUUAGCUUCCUAGUUUUCAAAUGACGGAAGAUUUUUUAUUUCUCUGAGCGCUUGGGAUCAAAAGAAAGUAAUUUAAAACAACUGUUGUUGAUAAAUUGCAGUCCAAAAUCUUCCAGACAGAGCCAGACAGAGGAUGAUGGCAGGUGAGUGUCCUGCCGCACUCUCACAUAAGUCCUGGCUAUGCCCAUGUGGCCUCAUCGUUAAAUACGAAGGGGUGGUUCUUUGGCCGAAAGUAAGAGUUUAAAGGUAGGAAACAUUUUAAGGAGCAACUUGCAUAAACCUUGAUGACUUUUCACUGACUGAUGCCCACAAGUACCUCCUCGCCCAGGUCUUUGGCAAAGAAACAGCAUGAAUCACCCAAUCUGAAGCUGUCUGCCACCUGCUGCCAGCUCACCUUGUGUGUUUUUAAGCACCUUUUAAGGGUGCUUUAAUUCUGUAUAGAUAGUGGCUGUUUUAUUGCUCUGUUCCUGGGACCAGCUGGUGAAGGGCGGCUUAAAGAUACCUUAAACAAAUGUGCUGAUAACUGAAUGGUGCAGCAAGUCUGUUUCAAGUGGAGAUGAACAUUUGGACUUUUGUUUUAGGUGGUCCCCAAAUAAAGCCAUGCCUGGUGAGUCACAGGAACAGCACUUAACUACUUCUCCUAGUUGUGUUCCCCCUGCGCAUACCUUUGUAUACCAAGAAAAUUUUAAUAAAAAUAUUUUUUUAAAAAACAAAACCCACACGGGACACUUUCUUUCUUUCUUUCUGCUCAUCAAUAUGUUAACAUUGCAUGGAGCAAAAAAAGUAAACUAAGUCCAAAAGUUCUGUGGGAUGCUUUUUUUUUUGGUUAUGAAAAUGGUUGAAAUUUGGAGGCUAUACUACCAGGAAGGAAACAAUAAACUGGAAUGACUAUAUUGGAUGUUGGUGUAAUUUCUGCGGCAGUAAAGUAUACCUGGUAUUAGAAAUUAGCCAGGUACGUUUUGUGCCAGGAGCGGGUCCAGUUGUGACCAUGUGGAGAUCCCUGGAUGCCAAGUUGGCGACUGACAUCUCUAUCUGCAUGGCCUCUCCAGCUCUCUUAAGCAGGCAAGUGGAAAAGCUCAUUUUUUGCAUUUAUAUCCCACCUUUUUCUCCAGCGAGCACAUGGCUCACUCCCCUCCUUGGUUAAGCCCUUCAACGACCCUGUGAGGUAGGUUCAGAGGCUGUGACUGACUCCAAGGUCACCCAGUGAGCUUCCUGACUGAGUGGGGAUUCGAACCCUGAUCUCCUGGGUCCUAGUCCGACACUCUCACCAGUACACUACACUGGCUUCCUAGAGUGCAUCUGCUGUGGGGAAGCUCUAUAAAUUAAGCAAGCAAAUAAAUAAAUAUGGGGGGAGCAAAAUGUCACUUCGAGAAUGAUCUGAAAUAUUUUCCUUGAAGCUUGAAUUACAUUGUUGCAUUGCAGGGGGUUGGAUGAGAUGACCCUCGUGGUCCUUUCCAACUCUACAGUUCUGUGAUUCACUGAGGGGGUGGGGUGGGGAUGGACGCCAGUUCCAAGGGCCGUCUGGCGGUUCCCUCCCUGCAAGAAGUGAGGUUACAGGGAACCAGGCAGAGAGCCUUCUCGGUGGUGGCGCCCGCCCUGUGGAACGCCCUCCCAUCAGAUGUCAAGGAAAUAAACAACUAUCUGACUUUUAGAAGACAUCUGAAGGCAGCCCUGUUUAGGGAAGUUUUUAGUGUUUUAUGGUGUUUUUGAUAUUAUGUUGGGAGCCGCUCAGAGUGGCUGGGGAGACCCAGCCAGAUGGGCGGGGUAUAAGUAAUAAAUAUUAUUAUUUAUUUGGUUUUUUUUAUUAUAUCAGUGGACAUGUUACUCAGCUGGGUGAGCCAAUGUCCUGAAGUCCAUACGGGUCAUACAAUUUCAGCUUCUUCCCUUUUCUGUCUGGCGCUGACCUUUGUUGAGAAAUGUAAAUUAUGUCCUUCAGAAAAGAGCAAUGAGGAAAUGGGCUGGAGGCUAUUUGCUGGAAAUAUUUUUUGGUGUGCCAGGUGUGGCCAUCUUUGGGUGGGACGGACAUCUCUUUGACACAUGCUUGUGUCGGAUAACUGCGCCUGCCGAACAGCAUGUCCUUAGGAACUGUGCUUUGCAAAUGUCAAAACGCCACAUCGCCUGAGGGGCAGGAGUGAUGAUUGAGCCAGAUAGCAGGGGAGUGUGGGUCAGGGCGGCUGCACCCAUGACAAAUUGUGUGGAAGAGUGGACUUUCGCCGGUGCUAACUGGGUGUUACGCAGACUUUGGAGAGACAAACCUCCCUCUUCGCCACAGCUUUAAAAGCUCUCAAAGUGACUUGAUUUGGAUCUGAUGCAUGACAACUAGACUCAUCACAAAAUCAUUACUUUGAUUGAAUCUAUGCGCCCACCUUUUGCCAGUGGGCUGCCACAUAUCACAAAACAGAACCAAAGGAUUCUACAACAUAAAAAAGUCCAAAAUCAUUUGAUUCUAUCCAACUAUGUCUUUCCCACAGUAUACUCAUUGAAAUUAAUGGAGCUCAGAUAGACAUAGCUGUUAAUUUCAUUGGCUUUCUCCUCUCCUGAGGAGAAUGCAACUGAAUUAAAAUACACAUCUUCACAUUUUGUGUGUGUGUGUGAUUCAGGCAAUGUGCUUCAGUUUUAAACACCUUGGUAAAAAUACACAAUCAGUUAAGGCAGGGGAUCCCCAGCCUUUCUGAGGCCAGUUGAGUCAUUUGGAAUUUUUAGAAAGUUUUGUGGGCUCCAGCACAACACGCCUGUGGUGAGGAGGGUGUGUAGCAUAAUGCAAGUUGACUACCGUACGUCAAAAAGCAGGAAAAGGCCACAGUCACACUAUACUGCCACAACAAGAUGGCUACCCCAUGGAACUUGUUAUAUGCACACAAAUGAUCAUCUUGUUGCAAAAGCUAAAAUCUACUACCUAUUUUAGAUAGCUGUUUUUGUUUGCUUUCGACACUGCCUAAGAUAUUAUGGCCAAAUUUUGCAUGAUGGGUCCUGGGAUCAAGGAGCAACUUUUUGUUUGUUUGGAUGCAACUAGACACCAUUUUGAAUCAAGAUGGCGGACUGAACCUUUGAAAACUGCACAAUUUCCCCCCCUUAGGAUUCCCAAAUAAUGUCAGGUUAUGAGACUGCUGGUCUGAAUAUAUUUACUGUAUGCCCAUAAACCGUAGCAUCACCGUAUUAAAUAGCAACAAAUAACUUUUUAAAACAAAUAAUUAAAGGAAGCUUCAGGCGCCAUCAGCAAUUAAGCAAACCUAUUUUGCUCAUGUUGAUGCUCAGACAAAGAGACAUCUGCAGCUGCUAAUUAAACUGUUUAUAAGUAAUAAAAAAUAGUUAAUUAUCACAUUGAGAAUUGGCAGUAUGGUUCUUUCGGAAAUGUUUUGUUUACAAAUUAUUAUUAUCAUUGAUUUAUUAAUUGCCUUCUAAACCACCGUCUCAAAGAGAUUUACACAGAAGGUGCUGGGUAUUUCUAGCGAAGGCAGACACCUUGUCUAUAAUGGAACACUUUUCUGGAUUUAAUUUUUUUAAAAGUUUGAAAAGCUGUUGAUCAUACAAUGUUUCAAAAGGAGAACGUGGGGCAAAAUUAUUGUAGCUACUUCCUUGGCAGUGAAAAUUCAGAUCCUGUUUCCCCACUAUCACAAAAGUGCUUGCAGUUUAAAUAUGGUAUUUUCUUCUACCUCCCCUUUGUAAUAGCAGCUGUUCAGUGUUCAGAUUUGACCAAUUUGAAUACUCAAAGGGAACUUUUCUGUUAAGGUGAAAGACGACCCAUAGCCACACAUUUUUUUAGUUUUGUAUGGAGCGCUGUGAGUGGGCAGGUCAGGGAAUACUUGUCAGGAAGUCAGACAAGAACUUUAUUGUCUCUGUCUUCUGCAAGGACAGACACAACAAACGCCCAACUCCACCCACAUACAGUAAGUCCAGUGCCAUCUAGUGAUAAAAUGCUAUUAAUGACACUAUCCACCGAAAGCAUCAAUGAAACUUACGGUAAAUUUCUAAUUUUUGCCUGAACGAUGGAACAAUCUGUGAAAUAGGUCUGGAGGAAUGCCAUAUUGGUUAACUGCCACCUCCAGAUGUGAAAACUUGGGAAAAUACAGGUCUAUCCCUCUUUUGCUGCUGGAUGCAAAUGUCUUGGAAUCUGUUGUCAAUCGUGUGCAUAGUCCUCAGCCAAUGGCUAAAUAGCCUAGUCAGUAUCCUCUCAUGUUUUGUGACUAAACCUGUCUCUGGUCUCCAAACCACUGUAGGCAUAUCAUUACUCCAGAUGCACCCACUCAACCGCUUUGAAUGGCAGAUUUGGCACUCUUACAGGUGCCAUAUUAAUAACACCUGUUCAACGUUUGUAAGAGCUCAAUCUUUUAAUGUGGCAUCACCUGCACUUUGCAUGCAAGUUAUAAUCUGUUUUAAUUUCUAGUUUCAACUUUUUGAAAUUGUCGUUGUUCAUUCUUCCUGUUGAUAAUUUCAUUCUUACCGUAAUUUUAUUGCUCAACAACUUUGGCUGCCCCCACUAACAAAAAUCCUGGCUACGCCCAUGACCCUCUUUGAGUUUUACAGUCGAGCGGUGAAUACAUUUUAUGAAAUAAAUAAUGAAUAAAGGAGGUUCUCUAAAGGGGAAACAUCAGUCCGUUGUUUAGAAUCUUACGAACCUCUUAAAAAGGAAAGGAACCUAUAGAAACAUAUAAAUAGGAAAAGAAAGAGGAAACAAAACACUUUAAUAUAAAUGUUUUUAUUUGUGCAUUUAGAUCUGUAGACAAUUCAAAGAAAGAAAAUAGUAUGUAUUAUUUUAAAAACUUUUUAAUGAAAAGGAGGAACAGAAAAUAUAAAUUAGACACUCUGAUCAAUUGCAAAUUACCGUCUAAAUGUUUUGUAUUAGAUUUAAGUUGUUGUAAUUGACACAGUUCAGUGGCGCUGCCUGAGCAGCUUGCCUGGGAACACAGUUCUGCCUAUUAUCUCAAGAGCUAGCAAGCCUGACGUGUCUGGGUGUGACUCCACCCCUCCCCUUCUCUCUUGAAGAGAAAUGAGGUGUGACUCUAGCCACUGCAAGCAUUCUGCCCUGGAGGCUUCUUGCAUCUUCCUUUGUGGCUUGACAGCCUUUUAGCACCUGCUGGGCAAGAAAAACCUAAACAAAGCUGAUCUUGGUAUCUCUAUUUCUCCAAUGUGUGUGUUGGUGGUGUGGCACCCAGUCAGAUGGGCAGGGUACACAUACCGUAUUUUUUGCACCAUAACACUCACUUUUUUCCUCCUAGAAAGUAAGGGGAAAUGUCUGUGCAUGUUAUGGAGCGAAUGCUUACGGAUGGCGGGGGGAAUCUGCUGCAGUCAUGAGCAAAGGAUCCAUGGUUCCCCUUCCUUCCCUCCUCCGUGGCUCGCUUUGAAACAGCAAAGCAGGAGAAGAGCCGCUGAGUGGGGAGGAGAGAGGGACAGAGAGCCUGCUUGCUUUAAAGGAGCAAAGCGGGAGAGGAGAGGAGCCGCUUACACGAGUGUAAGCGGCUCCUGUCUGGUUGGCUCCUUUAAAGCAAGCAGGCUCUCUGUCCCUCUCUCCUCCCCACUCAGCUGGCUAAAUAGCAGCAAAGUUUUUCAGCGAGCCGGGGAGGAGGGAGAGAAGCAGAGCCUGCUUGCUUCUCUUAUACCCCUCUUCUGCAUUAUUAACAGCAUCCUUCUUCACCCACCCCACGCGUGUUCCUUGGCCCUUGAGUGCUUUUCCUUCCCUCCCCACUUAAAACGUGGUUAGAAAGCAUGGAUCCACAUGGAUCCUCAGGAUUUUUGCAUUGGGCUACCUCAAACUCACCGUCAGAUCACAUGUAUGUGGCCACAGCAUGAACCACAAAAAUCAUACAUCCACUGUUUCGUUUAGAAUAUUUUUUUUCUUGUUUUCCUCCUCUAAAAACUAUGUGCGUGUUAUGGUCGGGUGCGUGUUAUAGAGCGAAAAAUACGGUAAUUAAAAAGUUGUUGUUGUUGUUGUUGUUAAUUUAAAUCAGACAAUUUGAUUCCGUACAAUUGCAUCUUCCAAUCAAAUGGAGCUUUCCUGUUCAGCAGCAGUCUACCUCCCAAAUGCCUCUUCCUGCAGGGCAACAGCAGGAAAAACACUGCCACCUUUGUUUCCAGAUAGUGGGCUUCCUAGAAGCCUCUCUCUUUGGCCAACGGACUAAGAAGCCAGAUCCCGAGAAAGAUAGAAUAUAGAUAUAUGCCCCUCCCCUGCCUUAAAAAAAAAAGGUCAGAAAGGUUGCUGUCUUAUGCUAUCAGCAUCCAUGACACAAGAGCCAUUAGGCUGCUUUUGGUCUGGUUAUGGUUUGGUUUUUUCUUUUCUUUUUUACCUCUCCACCCAUUCUUUCCUUCCUGGAAAAGAAAAUACAGACCACUGAGAUAGCAAGUGCCUGAUUGUACUGAUUGGGUUUUGCAUGGGUAGCGAGAGUUACGUUUUUAUGCAAAACCGUACUCUCGAGGUACCACACUCUCAGGAAGUAGUUGGCAUACCAACAAGGCGGGAGGCGGGGGGGGGCAGGCUUUUUUGCUGCCUUGUUCAGAGGGGCCCUGCCCCCCACCUUCCCACCACGUUUCAUUUGCAAGGGUUUUUGCAAACCACGUAAAAAAGGAAGAAAGCCUGCAGCAGUCGGGACUCCUUAACUUAGCAAAAAGCAAGCCGGAAGUGACAUGACAGGAGUUUUUGAGCUAGUUUUGAGCUAUUUUUCACGAAAAUCGCCCAAAUCUGCACUACUCACAUGGGCUGCCAUAUGUCUGGAUUUUCCUGGACAUUUCAGCGAUUUCCGCCCGGACUCUGCUUAAUGGGGCUGAAUACGGGCUGUGUCUGGAAAAUUCCAGACCUAUGGCAACCCUAGUACCUCAUCCAUCUGCCUGGGUUGCCCCAGCCACUCUGGGCGGCUUCCAACAUAUAUAAAAACAUAAUAAAACAUGAGACUUCGAAAGGUUUCUCUCUACAGGACUGCUGUCAGAUGUCUUCUAAAAGUCAGGUACUGUGGUACUUCGGGUUACAGACACUUCAGGUUACAGAUGCUUCAGGUUACAGACUCCGCUAACCCAGAAAUAGUACCUCGGGUUAAGAACUUUGCUUCAGGAUAAGAACAGAAAUCGUGCUCCAGCAGUGCGGCGACAGCGGGAGGCCCCAUUAACUAAAGUGGUACCUCAGGUUAAGAACAGUUUCAGGUUAAGAACGGACCUCCAGAAUGAAUUAAGUUCUUAACCCGAGGGACCACUGUAGUUGUUUAUUUCCUUGACAUGGGAGGGCAUUCCACAGGGCGGGUGCCACUACCAAGAAGGCCCUCUGUGUGGUUCCCUGUAACCUCACUUCUCACAGGGAAGGAACUGCCAGAAGGCCUUUGGAGCUCAAUGUCGGGGCUGAGCUAUGGGGGCAGAGACGCUCCUUCAGGUAUACAGGGCCAAAGGUGUUUAGGACUUUAAAGGGCAGCACCAACACUUUGAAUUGUGUUUGGAAACAUACCGGGGGCCAAUAUAGGUCUUUCAGGACUGGUGUUAUAUGGCCCUGGCAGCCACUCCCAGUCACCAGUCUAGCUGCCGCAUUCUGGAUUAGUUAUAGUUUCCGAGUAGCCCCACAUAAAGCGCAUUGCAGUAGUCCAAGCGGGUGAUAACUAGAGCAUGCACCACUCUGGUGAGACAGUCCGCAAGCAGGUAGGGUUUCAUCCUGGGUACCAGAUGGAGCUGGUAGACAGCUGCCCUGGACACAGGAUUAACCUGUGCCUCCAUGGACGGCUGUGAGUCCAAAAUGACUCCCAGACUGCCCACUGUUACUCCAUUCAGGACCAGGGAAUCCCCCACGCCUGCCUACUCCCUGUCCCCUCAGAAACAGUACUUCUGUCAUUUCGGGAUUCAACCUCAAGACAGAUUCAUGGAGGAUGCAGCUAUAAGUGAUUACUGGCAUUGAUGGUUAUAUGCUGCAUUUGCAGCGAUGCUUCUGAAUACCAGUUGCUGGAAGCCAGAGGAGGGGAGAUGGCUCUUGUGUUCGAAUCCUGCUUGUGGGUUUCCCGCAAGCAUCUGGUUGGCCACUGUGGGAACAGGAUGCUGAGCUAGGUGGUCCAUUGGCCUCAUCCAGCAGGCUCCUCCCUGGAACAGCUGCUCUUGCUGCUUCUUGGGCUCUGGCUCAGCUCCUGCGCUUAACACCGACUUUGCAACUUUUACAAGGGCUUUGCAGGUUGUCGUGAGGCGACAAAAGCAAGGCUGUUCUGUUUCUCUCCCGCCCCCUGCCCCCCCCAGCUGCCGCCGCCUUUCUCCACUGGCUCACCACAUUUUCCUUAUUUUAGUCCCGCUGUUGACCUUGGGAGGUGACAAAAUGGAAAAUGAUUACGGGGAGCUGGAAAAAAAACAAAAAAGAAAAAGAGUGGGAAACAAGCCUCUCUGUCGGCUUUUGCUUGUCAAUUUGUAAGCGGUUUUUAUCAGAGCGCAAGGCUCCUUCCUGUUCCCAGAAUACAGUGCAAAGAUGCAAUUUUUCUGUGCCCUCCCCCCCCCACAACCCAAUUGUGUUUGCAGGAAGACGCACAUUUUGAUAACACCUAGAAAUGUCUCCGCUGCCUGGCUUGUUUGCAUGCACGAACCAGGAUCUCUGUAGACCUGCUGUGCUUCAGGGAGGGACAUGAAGUACUUUGGAUGCUGUUGGUUUGCAGCUCCCACCAAGCCCAGCCAGCGUGACCAGUGGUUAGAGGUGAUGGGAGUUUUAACCCAGCAGCAUGUGAAAGGGGGCCGCAGGUUUUCUUUAGUCCUGCUGCAUUUCCUAUAGGACAUUAACAAAAAAACACACAAUUGGGAUUAGAGAAAACUCAUGGAAGGCUAUUUGGGUCUAAUGGCUGAGAUAAAGCCUCCCUGUGCAGGGGCAGUGUACCUGUGAAUGCCAGUUGCUGAUGGGAGAAUAAUGGGGAAGGGCUCUUUAUGACACUUUUGGAAACUUAGUGCUCCCUAGGUAAUCCAGCUGUCCCCCAGGGGUACGGUAUCACCCACUUUGGGAACCAUUUGUCUAGGCCCUAGACUCUAGGGCAGCCUUUCUCAACCUUUGGGUCCCCAGUUGUUGUUGAACUACAACUCCCAUCACCCCUAGCUAGCAAGGCCAGAGCUCAGGGAUGAUGGGAGUUGUAGUCCAACAACAUCUGGGGACCCACAGAUUGAGAACCGCUGCUCUAGGGGGUUGGGGGAAAUGGCAGGGGGUUGGUGAGCUGAGUGAGCAGGGGCACAGCCGUGUGUGUGUGUGUGUGUGUGUGUGUGUGUGUGUCUGUCUGUCUGUCUGUCUGUCUGUGUGUCUUAUGCACACACAAAAAAAUGCCCUUCACGCAAGCAGAUUCCAGGGCAGUGUGCAAGAAUGAAAACAGGAAGCAAUAAAAUAACAGAGUUCCUUUGUACACAACACUAAAACCCAGGGCCAAAAUAAUUAUAGAGCAGUUAAGGGAGUAGGAGGCCAUAAAUCCAUUCCGGGGGUGGGGGCAGGCGUUGCGCCAUACUGGUUGUGGAUGAUGGGAGUUGUAGUCCAAAACGUAAGAAGGGUACAGUGGUACCUCGGGUUAACAGCUUAAUUCUUUCCAGAGGUCCGUUCUUAACCUGAAACUAUUCUUAACCCGAAGCACCACUUUAGCUAAUGGGGCCGUGCCACUGCUGCGUGAUUUCUGUUCUCAUCCUGAAGCAAAGUUCUUAACCCAGGGUACUAUUUCUGGGUUGGUGGAGUCUGUAACCUGAAUCGUCUAUAAUCCAAGGUACCACUGUAUUGACAAGCUAGAAGGUGAGGAGACAGGGUGGACCAAGAUAAUAAAAAAAGGUCUGGAAACCAAGCCUUAGGAGGAACGGCUGAGGGAACUGAGGAUGUUCAUGUUCAGCCCUAGAGGAGAGAAGACUGAGAGAUGAUAUGAGAGCCGCCUUCAAGUAUCUGAAGGGCUUUCACAUGGAAGAUGGAGCAAGCUUGUUUUCUGAUGCUCCAGAGUGUAGCUCCCGAAUCAAUUCAUUCAAUGGCAAGAAUGGGGAUUCAGACUAAGCAUUAGGAAGAACUUCCUUACGUCAGAGCUUGUUUGACAGCGGAACCUAUGACCUUGCAAGGUGGUGGACUCUCCUUCAUUGGGGAGGGGGGUUCAAACAGAGGUUAGGUGGGUCAUCUGUCAAAGAUUCUUUAGCUGUGAUUCCUGCAAUUGUGGGAGUUGGACUAGCUGUCUUAAAUAUUGCAUGAGGAAGUAUUUGGGCAGACUAUCUGCAUUUAGAUAUGUAUGGAAUUACAUAUUAUGAGAGGAUUAAAAGAAAAAAAUGCUGGUUAGUGUAGAAAUGGAAGAGAAUGAUGGGUCGAAACAUGCCGAGAUGCCAUGGGUCAUAAAAAAAGACAGAUUUGCCCAUUCCUGGACUAAGCCGAUCUUGCUGGUAAACUGGUGACUUGCAUGCAAUCGUGUGUGUGUGUGUGUGUCAAAUCUUUUUAUACUUAUUUCCCUUACUGGAAACUUCAUAGCUAUCCCAGAGCUCAGACUCACUCCACUAAGGAGCUCAGGGGUUUUAGUUUUCUUGGCAUCCCUUUGCAAAAAACAAGCUGCUUGAGAACGGAGUCUUAAGAGAGAUCUUAUCACGAUCAGCACAGGUGGGGGCAAGGGGGCAGGGAGGUAGAAGCAAGUCAUAACUUUAUCGGCUUCGGCGGAAACCUUCCUGGGACAACCCUUGUUUUACUUUUCCUUGCCAGGCUUUAAACAAAAGUCCAGUUUGUGUGUGGACUUAGUGUGUGUGUGUGUGUGUGUGUGUGUGUGUGUGUGUGUGUGUGUGUUGUGGAGGGUGGAGGUAGAAAAUACCUCUUAAGGGAAACCUCUGUUUGAAAAGCGGCAGGCCUGAUAUCGCGGGAAAUGCUGCUGUGGUUUCCUGUGAGUAACUUUUGGGAGGGUUCGCUGCAGUUUCCCCAACCGUAAGAUUUUGCCGCUGGCUUAACGUUGCAACAUUUGUUAGCCUGCCUUCUGGGUCCUUUUAGCUAGCAUCCCUGAGCCUGCAAAGCAGGGGGGACAGAUAAUGUGUCCCCUUUUUGGCCCCUGCUCCCGAGCUCCCACCAGUUUGGGCCGUGGUGGCAAAAACAAAAGAGGGGUGCAGAAUAAAUAAGAACAUAAAUAGAGCCACACAGGAAGUGUGCUGUACUGAGAAAAUAAGCAAAAAGCGCUCAGCUCCUGCUUGAAUUUACAGUGGUACCUCAGGUUAAGUACUUAAUUUGUUCCAGAGGUCCGUACUUAACCUGAAACUGUUCUUAACCUGAAGCACCACUUUAGCUAAUGGGGCCUCCUGCUGCUGCCGUGCCGCCAGAGCACGAUUUCUGUUCUCAUCCUGAGGUAAAGUUCUUAACCUGGAGCACUAUUUCUGGGUUAGCAGAAUCUGUAACCUGAAGCAUAUGUAACCACUGUAUUACAUUGGGUUGGCUUCCUUUGUUUGCCCCCAGAACCGUUGGGUCUCUUUCAAAAUUCAAAUACGUCCCCCCCCCCUUUUCUUUUUAAAGCACCUUGGGGAUUUCUCUGGAAACUCACUCUGCUCUGUUUUGCUUUGGCAACCAUUGGACAAAACCACCUCCGCUUUAGACUUCUCCGUGAAUCUGUCACAGGGGGUCAGAAUGCGACCUUCUAAUGUGCACCUUUGGGGACCUCUCGCAAGUGUGAGGAAAGCAAGAUGCGUUGGAAACUUGGGGGGGGGGGCAGACAGCUCCUUGAGGGUUCUGUUUGAAUCCUGCCUUUGCGGAAAAGGGGAAAAAAGAGAAAGAGACCUGAAGCUGGCUGCCGUUUUUAGCACCAGUGGCGGCAGAAAUCUCCUGGGCUGAUCUUGGCCUUUUUGUCUGUUGUGACAUGGGCUGAGGGGAAAUGGUAUUGUGCUUUGCUUUCCCUCUUGGAACCUGAUUGGGCCAGCCUGGCUGCAAAAGGGGUUCCCUGGAUUUGUGGCAGAAAGGGAUAUCCCAGCCCAGUUUAGGCGUGCCGUUUAUUCGGCUAGGAAGCCGAGAGAGUUCACACAGGGCUAGCUGUUGUCUCUUGUUCAUGGGUGGAGCCUGCAAAAUUGCAAAUGCAACAGAAAAAGAGGAGGGCGGGUAAGCAAAAAAAAAGUAAAAACUGUGCAGCUGGGUGUGAGCUGGCAAAUAAGGUCCAGGAUUUCCUGAAAGCUGUAGCACGUCAGGAGCUGGUGGUUUAGAAGUCUUUGAGCUUCUUCACAUUCUACGAAAGGCCAAAGGCCCAUCUAGUCCAUCAGCCUUUUUCUCGGCUGCCGAGUUUUUAUUUUUCUCCCCCGCCUACCCUCCAAAACAGAUGCCUUUGAUGAAUUUCCUCCAGAUAUUCUCGCAUCCUUUUUGUUCUUGUGGCAGUCGUCAUCCCCGCAUCCCCACAAUGCCCUGGAAAGCCGCUAGCCCUGGGGCAUUGUGGGAGGCUGUGCAAGCGCCGACCAGGCUGCCAAUGCAAUUGCUUUGUUGCAGCAAAUACAUACGGGCAUCUCCCAACUUAUGUGGGGGUUACGUUCCCGGGUGAAAUCGGGUACAGUGGGGAACACCAUCUGAAAAACCUGUAUAAACCCUUCUUUCUCAAAACUCCCAACUCACCACAGGUCUCAAAGGCUCCUGGGAUUGAAGUUGCAAAGGCUUCUGGGAUCACUAGCCAUUUCCCCGCUCUUUUUUGGGCUGCUUUUGCCCUUUUCGUGCCUUUUCGCCAUUUAAAAUCGGUUUAUUUAAUUAUUUUUCGGCAUCUGGGUGCAAGUGGGGAGAUGCCUGCAUUAUACUAGUGGGCUAAACCCCCAACCACUUCUCUCACAAAUGCCACCCCUUCCCUCUCCACAAAGACCUUUCCAAAUCUCUGCUGGCUGCCCUAGGCCACCUGCCAGCCCUGACCUGGCUGAUCGCCCAACAUCCUCAGCUGCCCACCUCCACCUCUGGUCCCCUCUCCCCAACCCCCACAACACUGUUGCAAUGACUCAGCAGCUCCGAAAGCCAAGUUUGCCAUCGUGUUGCAGUUCAUGUCGCCACCUGUUGGGAGAUGGUGCGAACUGCAGCGUGACGACAUCCUUAGGAAAAUAUGUAUAUUAGGAGAGGUAUUCAAACCUUAGGAGGGGGAAAGAGAAAAGAUGUGCUGCUGCUGUAGCUAAUAGCAAGUCCUCAACCCUAAGGCGAGAUUAUGUGAAGGCUCUUUCAUAUCUCAGCAGUAGAGUGCCCAUUUUUUUGUAGAAAAUUUUAAUCACCAGCAUCUCCAUUUAUUUAUUUUUACAAAAAAAAGCCAGAUAGCAGGUGUUGCAUCAGGGAGAAGAUGGAGCGGAAGAGGAGUCAGAGGCUGGAGGGACAACAAGGUUUAGUGAGCAGGAAGAGUCUGUGGCAGAGUGCAGUUCAGACUCUGAGGCUGAAGCAGAGGCUGGAGAGGAAGGGGGUCAAAAGGUGGCUGAGGAGGCCAGGGAGUCUCCCCCUUCUGCUGAGACCAGCUCCUCCCCCUCCCCAUUCCCCCGGUCUCUGAGAACGUGCAAAUAAAUGAAAAGAGAAGAACAGAGAUAAGUUGAUGUGCUAAUUGGGCAUGGUAAUUCUGUGCAGAUCAUGUUUUUGCCAACAAAGAGUUAACUACAACUUGCAUGGUGUGAUUUACUGCAGGCUCCUCCUUACAGAAAAGGGACGUGGGUGGUGCUAUGGUCUAAACCACAGAGCCUAGGACUUGCUGAUCAGAAGGUCGGGGGUUCGAAUCCCCGCAACGGGGUGAGCUCCUGUUGCUCGGUCCCUGCUCCUGCCAACCUAGCAGUUUGAAAGCACGUCAAAGUGCAAGUAGAUAAAUAGGUACCGCUGUGGCUAGAAGGUAAACGGCGUUUCCAUACGCUGCUCUGGUUCGCCAGAAGCGGCUUAGUCUUGCUGGCCACAUGAUCCGGAAGCUGUACGCCGGCUCCGUCGGCCAGUAAAGCGAGAUGAGCGCCGCAACCCCAGAGUCGGCCACAACUGGACCUAAUGUUCAGGGGUCCCUUUACCUCCUUACAGAUGGGGACAAAGCUGGAGUGAGCUGGCUCUGCCUGUCGUUGCCUCUGGUGCCACCUACUGUUAACUUCCCUGCCUUCCGCCCUACCAGUUCCAAGGAGCGCCAGCUACAACAUCCAGAGGUCCAAAGGUGACCAAUCCCUGCUUUGGAACAUUGGAGGGCCACCCAAAUCAACAGUGCCCUUUUGUGAGGCUCAAACAAUGCACAAUGAAAACAUUCAUGGAAAAGUUUGUUUUAAUCCACAAUAAAAAGAUUGAUUAAACCUUUAAAAAAGUUGACUUUCCUGCCGUAAAAACAAACAGCGACGAGAGCAUUCAAAGCCCUGCAGAAACAAAUCUGCUCCAAGUACAAAAAAAUACAUAAAAAUGUAGUUUGAGAAGGCCAGGGGAGAACAGACAGGUUUUCAUCUGAUGCCAAAUGGAUCUUAAUGUAGAUGCCAGGUAAGCCUCAUGGGGGAGGAUCUUCUUGUCGUCAGUUUCUCUGCCUUUGUCAUAAUCCAAUAAAUUGGGGCCAUCCCAAUGAAUUUGACCCUUUCUUUUAUCCCUCCAACGUUAUCUUCGUUGGAUGUCCACAAGUUCUAGUGUUGCGUGAGGAGGAGAAAACCUUUCCCCUAUCCCCUUUCUCCAUGCCCUGUAUAGUUCUAGAACCUUCUGUCAUGUCACUUCUUUAUUCACCUUUUCUCUAAACCGGAAAGUCCCAAAUGCUGCAACCGUUCCUCAUAGGGAAUCGCUCCUCCCUCUUCCACAAGAUGUUGAUAAAGCCCGAACCCAGGACGGCUUGCGUUCGUUCCUGCAAAUAUAGACAUUAAAACAGUCUGUGUAUUGUUGCCAUUAUCACUUUUAAUCCAUAAGUUCCCUCAAAGGGAACGGGGAGCAGAGAACUGAGGGAGAAGUCGUCAGGCUGACAUGUUGUGUUAAGCUGUCAGCUGCGGUUGACACACGGCAGUCUCCUUUUGUGACGUGGUUUCUCUCCCAUUAAUAUGUUUGGGCUGGGGUUUAGCUAGUGAAAAGAACAAUUCAUUUUUCAGAGAUACUCACCCAGGGGCAACCUCCCCAAAAUGGUGUCGCUUGGGAAGGGCUGUUAUUUUCUCUUCCUUGUCCUUAGCAAUUUAACCCUGCUAUGAUUUGAUUUGCGGCGUGUAGGGAGGGAUCUGUGAAUGGGCGGCAGGAGGCAGUCGGCUUGACUCUUGCUUGCCUGGAAGAGAGAGCCGGUGGUGGUGGUGUGGUGGUUAGAGCGUUGGCCUCUGAUUCAGUGGACCAGGGUUCGAAUCCCCAUUCAGCCAUGAAGCUCACUAGACGAUCUUGGGCCAGUCACUCACUCUCAGCCAAAUCUACCUCACAGGGUUGUUGUGAGGAGGAGAACUAUGUGUGCCACCAUGAGCUCCUUGGGUAGAAGUGCAAUAAAUAAAUGUAUCUGAGUGAGUAUGCGCCUACUGCGCAAAAGCAAAAGUUGCUUUCCUACCCCCUCCUACUUUUGCCUCUGGCGCCUCCCACCAAUGUAUGUGGCUCCCUGAAUGUUGUCUAGAAGGAAAAACAUCCCUUGGGCUGAAACACCUUUCCUGGUACCCUGUCUAUGCAUAUUUCUACUCUGUGUCAGUUUCUUAAGUCUGAUCAAUUUUUGCCUUAAGUAUGCCGUUUCUAGUAACAAAUUCCGCAUUGAAAUUUGCAUUUUUGGUAUCGUAUUUUAUUUUAGCGUGUGCAAUGCUGAAUCUUUUACCUUAAAAGAAGCAUUCUAUUGCAUUACAGUGGUACCUCAGGUUAAGUACUUAAUUCGUUCCGGAGGUCCGUUCUUAACCUGAAACUGUUCUUAACCUGAAGCACCACUUUAGCUAAUGGGGCCUCCUGCUGCCGCCGCGCCGUCAGAGCAUGAUUUCUGUUCUCAUCCUGAAGCAAAGUUCUUAACUUGAGGCAAUAUUUCUGGAUUAGCGGAGUCUGUAACUUGAAGCGUAUGUAACCUGAAGCAUAUGUAACCCGAGGUACCACUGUAUGGUACUUUUUCCUUUGCAACAUUUGGAGAAGUGCAAAAUCUGAAGGCCAAGCACAUUAGUUUUUGAGGUGAGGAGACACGUUGGCCUCCAUCAGAAUCGGCAGAAAGUCGAUUAGUUCACCAAAAGCAGCAAAAACCUGCUGCUACAAAGCGUAUGGCAAUGGGUGUUAACUUGUUCGUCUUCCUUCGAAGGAAGUGCAAUGAAGCACUCCUUAUCUACAACUCACCCCCAUUCACUGCUUUGCAUCAGAGAUGGUCCCUAGGCCCGUAUUGACCAUGCCACGAUAUGUCUAUUUCUUUCAUUAAAGAAAUAACUUAACAAUCCUCAAGCUUCUAGUCCCUAUGACUGCAAAGUCUGGCCAGGAGAAAUCUGCACCACAGAGCAGUAGUGGAUGGGGGAAAAAAGGUUUAGGAGAAUUUCCUGUGUCCAGGGUGUUUUGCCUUUAUGUUUUCCCCCUCCUUACGGCUAACAGGAGCAGAAUGACUCCUGCAAGAUGCAAAUGUAUAUAUCCGGUCUGAUUUAGGCAGGUUGCACCGGUGCAAUUGGGCAGGCUGUCUUUGCAGGUACGAAAUGCAAAUAUCCCUGCCCAUGUUUAUCCUCUCCAUCACCUGCCUGUCACGCAUUUGCUUGUGAGGGAUGCCGGGAUGAGGUCUUCCCAUUGCAAAAGGACGUUUGUUUGACUUGGCGGAGGCUGAAAUGUCAGCGCUAGUCAAACACCAGCUGCAGUUGGAGUUCCAGUUGCCUAAGUGACUCCCAGACCCAAUUAAUCUUAGAGAAACUUAACCUGUGUGUGCCUGCAGCCGAUUUCCCCCACGUUCCUACCGUGUUGAAGUAGCCUUUCCCAAACGACACUGAGGAAGGCGAAAUAUUUGUAUUUAGAAAAGAAUUAUUACUGUAACAUUUUUAGUGCAACAAAGAACCCGUGUGUCGGUGGUUGUGUAUCGAUUGGACAAAUGGUUGCUGCCUGUUCUCGAUCUGAAACAUUUCCAGCCAUCGGGGAAUAAAUUACCGUAUUUUUCGCUCUAUAAGAUGCACCAGACCACAAGAUGCACCUAGUUUUUGGAGGAGGAAAACAAGAAAAAAAAAUUCUGAAUCUCAGAAGCCAGAACAGCAAGAGGGAUCGCUGCGCAGUGAAAGCAGCAAUCCCUCUUGCUGUUCUGGCUUCUGGGAUAGCUGCGCAGCCUGCAUUCGCUCCAUAAGACGCACACACAUUUCCCCUUACUUUUUAGGAGGGAAAAAGUGAGUCUUAUAGAGCAAAAAAUACGGUAUGUCUCUGAUUUGAAUCGUGUUAGCAGAUAUUUCAAUUCGUCAACAUGCAAACGUUUUGCAGUAAGGGGGGGUCAUGCAGGUCUGUUGCUGCAAAUGAAAAUGCUUUGCCUCCGCGGUCGGAGGCAGCACUGCUUCUGAAUUCCAGAUGCUGGAACUGCAGCGGGAGAGAGGACUCUUGUGUUCAAAUCCUGCUUCCGGGUUUCCCACAGGCAUGUUGCUGGCUGCCAUGGAGAACAAGAUAGCCCAUUGGCAGUUGGUAGAGCAUGAGACCCUUAAUUUCAGAUACACAGUUUGGGUUGGAGCCCCACGUUGGGCUAAAUCAGGCAUCCCCAACCUUUGGCCCUCCUGAUGUUUGGGACUACAGUUCCCAUCAUCCCUGACCACUGGUCCUGUUAGCUAGGGAUCAUGGGAGUUGUAGGCCAAAAUAUCUGGAGGGCUGCAGAUUGGGGAUGCCUGGGCUAAAUGAUUCCUCUGUUGCAGGGGGUUCAACUUAGUUGACCCUCGGGGUUCCUUUUAACUCUACAAUUGGCCUGAUCCAGCAGUCUUUUUGUAAAUUAUUAUUAUUAUUAUUAUUAUUUAUUAUUAAUUAAUAAUAAUACCCCAUCCAUCUGGCUGGGUUUCUCCAGUCACUCUGGGCGGCUCCCAGCAGAAUGUUAAAAACACAAUCAAACAUUAAAAACUUCCCUAAACAGGGCUGCCUUCAGAUGUCUUCUAAAAGUCAGAUAGUUGUUUAUUUCCUUGACAUCUGAUGGGAGGGCGUUCCACAGGGUGGGCACCACCACUGAGAAGGCCCUCUGUCUGGUUCCCUGUAACCUCACUUCUAAUGAGGAAACCACCAGAAGGCCCUCGGAGCUGGACCUCAGUGUCCGGGCAGAACGAUGAGGGUGGUAACGCUCCUUCAGGUAUACUGGGCUGAGCCCGUUUAGGGCUUUAAAGGUCAGCACCAAUACUUUGAAUUGUGCUCGGUAAUGUACUGGGAGCCAACGUAGGUCUUUCAGGACCAGUGUUAAAUGGUCUCAGUGGCCACUCCCAGUCACCAGUCUAGCUGCCGCGUUCUGGAUGAGUUGUAGUUUCCAGGUCACCUUCAAAGGUAGCCCCAAGUAAAGUGCAUUGCAGUAGUCCAAGCGGGAGAUGACCAGAGCAUGCACCACUCUGGCGAGACAGUCCGCGGGCAGGGAGGGUUUCAGCCUGCGUACCAGAUGGAGCUGGACACAGAAUUAACCUGUGCCCCCAUGGACAGCUGUGAUCCAAAAUGACGUUCUUGUUUUUCCCAAGCCACCCCAACGUUGUGCCUACCUCCAUUUCUUUUUGUCAUUGCCGAAACCAGAGGGCAAGUAUAUUUUGUUUAGGGACAAACAUGUGGGCCACAUCAGGCCCAGGGGUUAGCAACCACUGUAAUUAGAGAGACAGCCUUUGCUUGGAGACAGCAAAUAUUUGCCUCUGUGAAUGUCUUCUGUGUGGCUUGCCUUGCUCAUUGUUGCUCCGUUCUUCCACCGAAAGUGAAAUUGCAAAUUGUCUCUGAUGACACUCUCGCUCUCUCUUCCGCAGGCUUUCCUCUUUUCAGAAAGAGGUUUGGUGUUGUCUGCAGCAGUGAGUCAUUCGGGAGCCUGCUAUGAAUUGUGAACUCAUUCACUGAAUGCUAAUCAUGUAAAAAAAGAGUAAAAAAUGAGCAGCUUGGUGGAUGCCAGGAAUUGGCUCCCCUCCCCCAAUAUGAUUCAGCUGUUUGCAUUAAAAAUUUGCUGCAUAGUUUGAAGAGGAUGGGCAGGGACAGGCGCAUUUGUUCAUUUCUACUCCGACUCAUUUUGGCAAAUUUUUAACCUAUAAUUUCAUGCUGGUUUGCUACUGCAUCAGUCUGAGAUACUGUGUGUGUGUGUGUGUGUGUGUGUGUGUGUGUGUGUACAGAUACAAAUGUGCAUUUUCUUGCUGAAUCAUAGAAUUGUUGGAAGGGACCCUGAGGGUCAUCUAGUCCAACCUCUACAAUUCGAGUCCUACCCUCUGGAACAGGAGAAAACAAGCUUGCUCCAUCUUCCAUCUGAAAGCCCUUUAGAUAUUUGGCUAUCAUAUCAAAAUGCAUGCUUUUGAGUCAUUUAAGCUACCAAGGACUGUGAUGCGCCAUUUGGAGAAGCUCUGAAUCAAGCAAAUAGCCAAAAAUUCCACUCUGAACAUUCAUUUUGAGAGGUGUGGCUAAUCAGGGGCCCUGGGAGCGUCAUGAGAAUCCACCAACCCCAGCUACCUUGACCAAUCUUCAGGAAUGUUGGGAGUUGUAAUCCGGCGGCAUCUGGAGACCACAGAUUAGCCAACCCUGUUGCAUGUUGUUGUUGUUUAGUUGUUUAGUCGUGUCCGACUCUUCGUGACCCCAUGGGCCAGAGCACGCCAGGCACUCCUGUCUUCCACUGCUUCCCGCAGUUUGGUCAAACUCAUGCUGGUAGCUUCGAGAACACUGUCCAACCAUCUCGUCCUCUGUCGUCCCCUUCUCCUUGUGCCCUCCAUCUUGCCCAACAUCAGGGUCUUUUCCAGGGAGUCUUCUCUUCUCAUGAGGUGGCCAAAGUAUUGGAGCCUCAGCUUCAGGAUCUGUCCUUCCAGUGAGCACUCAGGGCUGAUUUCCUUAAGAAUGGAGAGCUUUGAUCUUCUUGCAGUCCAUGGGACUCUCAAGAGUCUCCUCCAGCACCAUAAUUCAAAAGCAUCAAUUCUUCGGCGAUCAGCCUUCUGUAUGGUCCAGCUCUCACUUCCAUACAUCACUACUGGGAAAACCAUAGCUUUAACUAUACGGACCUUUGUUGGCAAGGUGGAAUGUACAAAUACCAAGUUCCAGGGUACGGAACAGUGUGCAGUUCUAGUCUCCUCCCCUCAAAAAUGAUAUUAUAAACUCGGGGAAAGGUUCAGAAAUUGGCAACUAAAAACUAUCAAGUGGGUGGAAAAAUUCUCCAGUGCAAAAAGGUUGCCCAUUUUAGUUUAGAAAAAAAGGUUUUCUUCCUCUCAUAACACUAGGGCUUGUGGACAUCCAGUGAAAUUGAAUGGUGGAAGAUUCAGGACAGAUAAAAGGAAGCAUACCCUCCAACAUUUCACCGAUGAAAAUAGGGAUGUUGUUACACCCUGCCCAUCUGACCGGGUUGCCGCAUCCGCUCUGGGUGGCUUCCAACAUAUAUAAAAACACAAUCAAACAUUUAAAAAACCUCCCCUAUACAGGGCUGCCUUCACACGUCUUCGAAGGGUUGUCUUCUUAGCUCGGGAGUAACAUAACUCCAUACCCUCCAACAUUUCUCUGAUAAAAAUAGGGACGUCCUAAGGGAAAGCGGGACAUUCUGGGAUCAAAUUGGAAGCUGGGAUGGCUUCUGUAAAUCCAGGACUGUCCCUGGAAAACAGGGACACAUGGAGGGUAUGAGAAAAUCAUUCAUGCAGUGCAUAGUUCAACUAUGGAACCUCCCUCCCUCAGCGAUGGUCAGCAUCUUGGAUGACUUUUAAGGAGACAGAAGCAGUGAUUAACACAAGAGCAGUGAUGAACACAAGAGAGUUGCUCUUGUGCUCAGGUCCUGCUUUCGGGUUCCCUGCAGGCAUUUGACUGGCCAUUGUGAGAACAGGAUGGGCCCUGGGCCUGAUCCUGCAGGCUCUUCUUACAUUCUUAUGGUCCUACCUUACAAAGUGGUUGUGGGGAGAGAGAAUGCGUGUGAGGUGCUUUGAAUGUUCUGAAGCACCAUCUAGCACUGCGAAAUGCAUUAGCGGGAGUCACGACGGUGGUUGCUGUGGAAACAGGCCACCCCGUGAGGCUCCCUCUGGAAAACAUUGGGGAGAGGGAGGAUUAUCUUUGGGGGAAUUGGGGGAAGUGUUCAAUGGGGGAAAGAGGAAUGAGAAGCAAUGAAGUGGCAUGUGGGGUGUUUUUUUGGGCAGGGGAGGAACAGGCACCCACCUACUUUUCAAGAACACCCAGACUUGCACAGCAUUGUAAUGACAAAGAUUCAGUCAGUGUCGAUUUUAUUCAGAGCUUUGCACAUGUCUCGAUGCAGUUCAGCAACUCCUUUUCAUAUUGAACAUAUAGUGAGCAACACUUGGAGAUUUUGAAACUGUUGAGUGCUUUAGAAAUGCUUCAAAAUAUAUCAUCUCCAGACACGGAUGCAAAAUUUUUGAAGACAUAAGUGCACAGGCCAACACCAGGCCAUCUACUUCUCAGAUGUGUCCUAGCGCAUGGUUUCCCAAACUUGGGUCUUCGGCUGCUUUUGGACUACAACUCCCAUCAUCCCUAGCUAGCAGGACCAGGGAUGAUGGGAAUUGUAGUCCAAAAACAGCUGGAAACUCAAGUUUGGGAAACACUGUGAAUGUAUGAGGGACACGGGUGGCGCUGUGGGUUAAACCACAGAGCCUAGGAUUUGCAGAUCAGAAGGUCAGUGGUUCGAAUCCCCGUGAUGGGGUGAGCCUCGGUCCCUGCUCCUGCCAACCUAGCAGUUCGGAAGCACAUCAAAGUGCAAGUAGAUAAAUAGGUACCGCUCCGGCGGGAAGGUAAACGGCGUUUCCGUGCUCUGCUCUAGUUCGCCAGAAGCGGCUUAGUCAUGCUGGCCACAUGACCCGGAAGCUGUAUGCCGGCUCUCUCAGCCAAUAAAGCGAGAUGAGCGCCACAACCCCAGAGUCCGUCACGACAGGACCUAAUGGUCAGGGGUCCCUUUACCUUUACUUUAUUUGAAUGUAUCAUCUAACAAUGAGAGAUUUGGAUUGUGUGUUUGGUUUUUUUGCAAAUCAAUGACUGCCCUUUUUCUUUCCCACUCUUUCCUGUCCGUGGCUGCUUUCUGCUGGAAACCUGCAGAACUCCCUGCUGAAGAAGGUACGCAGACUUCCUGUUAUCCAGCUUGGUCAUGAAGAGCUGCUUUGUUAUACGUGGGGUGGGUUGGCGAAGGAAGGAGAUGCCCAGAGGAGAAGGAAGGGGAGCUUGGUGAUUCUUGAGCUGUGAUUCCUGCAUUGCAGGGGGUAGGACUAAAUGAGGCAUCUAUUCCAUGCUCAGACAGCUCAUUCCAAUGUGGCACCCUUGAGAUGUUGUUGUCUCUCAUCAUCCCUGACUAUUGGCCAUCCCAAAAUGCACUGUGUGGGAGCAGUAAAAUGUCCCCAGAAACCAUCUAUGUAAGCACCCACCACAUAUAGAAAUCUAGCAUGUCAAGGGGGAGGAUUCUAGCCAGUCAGUCAAAAUUUCUGUGUGCCAGAGAUUUUGUCUUUCUUCUCCUCCAUCAGCACUCUGGUGGUACGACACAAGAAUAGUACGGCCACUUUAUCUGUUGUUCAUGUAGACGAGCCUUAAGUCAGGCACGUUCAGUGGUAUAUUCUCCAGUCCCAGGUGGGUACAUUGGCACAGACUAGAGCCUUAAAAGCACAAUGUUAGACUUGUCUACUCAGAAGUAAAUCUGGGGCUGGUGGAUAUGACAUUACAGUCUAUGGGUUGUAUCCAAACGCUAGCCAUGCUCAGAGUAGACCCACUGAAAUGAGUGGGUGGGCCUAAGCCACAUCCAUUCAUUUCAGCGAGUCUACUCUGGAGUAAAUCGGACACAACCCACAUACAUUAUUGGGGUGGAGAGAUGGGUUUGUGGGGCAUUGUUGAAGGACCAAAGAUAAUUCUGGCUUUUGUUUUUCAUUGUUCUUCCUAGGAAAAUCGCUCCUGGAGCUGAUAUUAGAGCAGUUCGAAGACCUCCUAGUUCGGAUCCUCCUCUUGGCUGCCUUCGUUUCCUUCGUAAGUAUGCUGCCAGAUAAUCCUUCUUCCUGAUGUCAAGUCAGUGAGUCUCUGAGUCCAAGACUGCAUUCUGGGGCCACUGUGACUGCAGAUUUUGUUUUUGGUAUUCGUGCCACUCUUGGGAUCCUCCUGGACGUGUGGGUGUGCCUCCUCCUUGAUCCCCAGCGCCCCCAUUUUGCUGGCGCUGGCCAGCUGAGAUCGCUAUGAAGGGGAGCACCAUAAACCAAUUUUAAGAGAAGCUGCUGUACAGGCGACUCCCCACCAACACACACUCAACUUGUGUGCAACCGCAUAUAUGCACAGCGCCAGGAAACGAAUAAAUAGAUUUAAACUUCAAAAGGGCACAAGAAAGGGCAAAAACGGCCCUAAAAGAGCAGGAAAACUGUAAAGAAAAUGGCGCAAAAAGAGCAGGGAAAUGGUUAGCGAUCCCAAGAGUCUUUGCAAGUAAAAUCCCACAAACCUUUGAGCGCUAUGGAGAGUUGGAGUUUGAGAAAGGUUUGGAGGGAGUGAUUGUGGGGGCGUUUGCCACCAUUCAUGCCAGUCUGUUUUUUUCAAGGGUUUCUCAAGGGUUUCCAGAGGUUUAGACAGUGUUUCCACGAUUUUCGCGUAUAUGCAAGGGAACGUAACCCCUGCGUAAGUGGGGAGUCACCUGUAUGUGUAAAUGUAAUAAUUAUGGACAACAUUGUUUAUUGACGGCAUUCAUAUCUCACCUUUGGCAUACAUGGGUCCUUCCGUUCCUCCUCAUUUAAUCCUCACAGCAACCCUGUGAGGUAGAUUAGACAGGAGAGGCAGUGACUGGGCUGAAGGUCAUCCAUUGAGCUUCAUGUCUGAGUGGGGAUUUGAACCCUGGUCUCUCCCAGGUCCUAGUCCAACGCUUUAACCACUAUACCACACUGCCUCUUACUGAUGCUUCCACCACUAGCACUCCAAGGGACCACAAGAAAGUGGGCAGACCAUCAGGGACAUGUGCUAUUCGAGCAGAGAUGUGGCUUGCUUUAAACAACCUUCAAAAACCGAAUCUGAAAUUUUACAAUAUCCAGUUUUUCCUUUAACUUCCCCUACCGCCAGUUUGCAGAAUUAAAAUAUUUUGAAUGAAAGAGUUAUAAGUCCUGGUGGGUUGCCUUGCUCUCUCGCUCUCUCUCUCUCUCUCCCCCCACACACUUUGUUUCCUUAUUAACAGCCAAUUACUUAAUCUGAUAAAAAUGAAAAUACAGAGAGCUGAACAGCACGGUGGGAAUUCAAUGGCGCUUGCACAAAUCGGUCUGCUCUUUUUCCAAGCGUAGCAUUAACACGACAGGCGCCUGUUUCUUUGCUUUUCGACUUGGCUUUUCCGCUCGAAGAAAAAAGGGAGAAUUACGCUCCGCAGCUGCUUGAGGAAUACUUCCCGAGGAAAAUUCAGCCAAAGUGGAGUUAAAAAAUACACACACAAAAUGACUAGUAACAGAGAGUUAAGUAGAUUUCUGUUUGAUGACCACUGUCUCUCUUUCGAUCGAAUACAAGGCUGGAAAGGGUUUCUGUGUGGUUUGGGUUCUGUUCUCACUGUACCUCCAGCUGGGAAAAAUACACCGAAUUUGGUGUGCCAAAAAGCACCCAGCACUUAAAUAAAUAACCUACUUUUUAGCCCAGUUUUCAGAUUAGCUAUUCAAAGCUUAGAGUGCCCUGCCCAAUGGUCAGUGGAAGCCAUGGAGUAUUUUAGGCAUUGCCAAAAAGCUGUGAGCCUGGGCCAAUCACUGCCUCUCAGCCCUAGCCACAGGGUGGUUGUGGGGAUUAAUUGGGUGGGGGAGAAGAAGAAGAACUCUGUAAACCCCCCCCCCCCUUGAGCUCCUUGGAGAGAAAACCUGGGGUAUAAAUUCAGCAAAUAAAUAAUGGAGGAAUGGCAGAUGAAGAUGAUGGACUUUUGGGAGCUAGCCGACCUGACCGGAAGAGUCCGCAACCAGAAGGAGGAGGAGCACAAGGAGGAAUGGAAGAAAUUUAAAGACUAUUUAGCUAAAUAUGCUAAGAUAUUUAAGUCCUAGGCCCAUCUAGAACUACUUGCAAGUACUAGAUGGGCCUAGGAUUUAAAUAUGGGAUGUUAUAGAAUAAUAUGUUUAAAGUUAAAAUGAAAAGAAAGAAAGAUGUUAAUUGACUAAGUAAAUUUUAUGUGAAAAUAGUUUUGGGAAACUGCUACGAUGAUAUACAUGGAAACUCAACCAGGGGGGUUUGAGGAAAUCACCUAACAACGUUAACAAAAGUGGAAUUAUUACAGUUAGGAUCUAUGUUUGUUUGUUUGUUUGUUUGAUAUUUCUUGAUAUUUUGUUAUAAAUUCGGAAAAUUAAUAAUUUUUUUGAAAAAAACAAAUAAAUAAGAUAAAUAUACUCUAACCACUGAGCUGAUGGCCCUUCCUUCCUCUUCUCUCUUCCCUCUGCAGAUCCUGGCCUGGUUUGAGGAAGGGGAAGAAACAGUGACGGCUUUCGUGGAGCCCAUCGUCAUUAUCAUGAUCCUCCUUGCCAAUGCGGUGGUGGGAGUGUGGCAGGUAUGGUGGCACCUUGGAGUGUGACUUGGGGGAGGCAAUCUUGUUUCCCAUCAUGCAAUGUGGGGAACCUUUCCUAGGCUGGGGGCCGAAUUCCCUCACGGGCGCAACCUCCUGAGGGCCACAUGUCUGUGGCAGGUGUGGGUGGAGGCCAAAGUGGGUGGGGCAACCGGUGUGGCACGCAUAGCUCAGCCGGUCGAGCAUGAGACCCGUAAGCUCAGGGCUGUGGGUUCAAGUCCUGCGAGGGGCAAAAUAUUCCUGCAUUACAGGGGAUUAGACCCCCGGGGGUCCCUUCUAGAUCUACGGUUCUAUGAUUCUGACUCCUGCUGUUGCACAAUGUUAUUAUUACAGAUAAUUUGUUUAUCGCCUUCUAAACUACCACCUCAAGGCUGUUUAUGCAUAAGAUAAUUAAGAAAGGUUUGAAAAAGCAAAAGCGGAUGCCUUUAAAGCAAGACUAAAACCCCAACAAAGGGAUACUUGUGGUAAAGAAUCCUUUAUCCAGCUGGGGAAGGCUGUUGGAACGAAAUGUAUUCAGUUGUUUCCAGAAGGUGCAGAGUGAGGGCCUGUUGACAGGAAUGCUGUUCCACAGAACAGGGGCAGCCACCCUUAAGGCCCUGUUCAGAGUUCCUGAAGAGUGGGGCUCCUGAGAUCUAUGGACUUUGCAGGAGAAGCUCCCCUGCAGGCCACAACGAUCUACUGGGUGUCUGAGAGACGCACCUUUGGGUGGGCUAGCCAAAUGAACAAAUGGAGAGAAGGCCACCAGAACUGGGCUUGCUCCUUGUGGGGCAUAGGCACCCAAAGAGAAUGGAUACCUGAAGCAACUCAUUGACGGAUCUCAAUUUUUUUUGAAGGUUCUUAUGGAAAGCUGCUAACUGUGGGGGAGCGGGAGACUGCCCAUUUCUAGCCCCCUCCCCAGUUAAUGUGAAAACUGCCCAUCUUUGCAGGAGAGGAAUGCAGAGAGUGCGAUUGAAGCCUUGAAGGAAUAUGAACCAGAAAUGGGGAAGGUGAUCAGGGCAGACAGGAACGGAGUUCAACGGAUCCGAGCACGCGACAUUGUCCCAGGAGAUAUUGUAGAGGUGGCAGGUAUGACCUUCCUUGCUUUGUGUAGGUUUGUUUUUGCCUUGUGCUUCUUACCUUUUUGUGUGAUGAACUGCGAAGAAUUGUUCCCUAACCAAUCCACAGUUCCUUUUUGCAUAUCUAGAGUUGCAGCAACUUGCUGGACCCCAGUUCCCAUCGUUCCUGGUCAUUGGCCGUGCUGGCUGCUGGGGCUGCUAGGGUCUCCUGCGCCCUCUGCUUUUCCUCCAAGGAGACCCCAGGUUUUAGCUCUAGGCAGGGCUGAAUCCUGGCAAUGCGCUAAUAAGGCUUUAGUGAACCUGGAAUCCAAGAGAAUUCCUGGAUUGAUUGAUUGAUUGAUUGAUUGAUUGAUUACAUAUAUACAGUAUUCCACCAGGGGAGCUCAAGGUGGCAUGCAUAGUUCUCCUCCCAUUUUAUUGCACAACAACCCUGUGAUGUAGGUUAGGCUGAAAGUGAGCGACUGGCCCAAGGGUCACCCAAGUGAGCUGAGUGGGGAUUUGAACCCUGGUCUCUCCCAAGUCCAGCACUCUAACCACUACACCACACUGGAAUUCAUGGCACAGCUAACCAAAACAAUAAGGAAUCAGAACAGGGGAAGUCUCAUUUCACCCCUAUUUAAUCAGUUACCAGAUGCAAACAGUUUCUGCUUGUGAACCAUAUUUUUGUCCUUUUUCCUUUCACAGUUGGUGACAAGGUGCCUGCCGAUAUCCGGAUCAUUGAGAUCAAGUCGACGACGUUACGAGUAGACCAGUCCAUUCUCACUGGUGUGUGUCUGUGUUUGUCCUAUGCUACCCUGAGAACCUUCCUUGGUGCCUGCUGAGGCACCCUGCCUCCCCUGAUUUAUCUUUUUCACUUUGGGUGCAGUGAGACCAGCCCAGAUAGCUCAGAAGGGAUGUGGGUGGCACUGUGGUCUAAACCACUGAGCCUCUUGGGCUUGCUGAUCGGAAGGUCGGCAGUUCGAAUCUGUGUGUCGCGGUGAGCUCCCGUUGCUCUGUCCCAGCUCCUGCCAACCUAGCAGUGUGAAAGCACAUCAGUGCAAGUAGAUAAAUAGGUACCGCUCUGGCGGGAAGGUAAACGGCAUUUCCAUAUGCUCUGGUUUCCGCCACGGUGUUCUGUUUCGCCAGAAGCGGUUUAGUCAUGCUGGCCACAUGACCCGGAAAGCUGUCUGUGGGCAAAUGCCGGCUACCUUGGCCUGAAAGCAAGAUGACCGCCACAAGCCCAUAGUCGCCUUUGACUGGACUUAACUGUCCAGGGGUCCUUUACCUUUAGCUAGCUCAGUUGGUAGAGCAGGAGUCUCUUAAUCUCAGGGUUGUGGGUUCGAGCCCCACGUUGUGCAAAAAGAUUUCUGCCUUGCAGAAGGUUGGACUUAGAUGACCCUCAUUGUUAUUCUAUGUUUCUACAGGAGACUCAGCUGGUCAGAUUCAUAAAAUUGCCCAAACCCCUGCAAUGCAGGAAUCAGUGCUUACCCUGCUUUUUGUUAGAUGUUUAUUGUAUUUAUUAAAUUUAUAGCCCGCUUUUCCUCCUAGGAACAAAGAGGGGUAUACAUGUUUCUCCCUCCUCCCUCCCUCCCCCUGUCUCUGUUUUCUUCUCAUUCUGUACAAGUUUGAAAUCCUUGUAAUUAUGCUCAACAUCAUUUUUCCUUCGCAGGUGAAUCUGUUUCUGUCAUCAAACACACAGAUCCAGUUCCUGACCCCAGGGCUGUCAACCAGGAUAAAAAGAACAUGCUUUUUUCUGUAAGUACCCUCAUGCCUAAAGUAGCCACAAGAGGCUGUGAUGGCCAUCAACCCAGAGGGCUUUAAAAGAGGAUUAGAACAAUUCAUGGAGGACAAGGCUAUCUGUGGCUAUUCUUUGGGAGGGGGGUGUAUUAAUUUGAAUUCUUGAAGGCCAUGUCAUGGAGGACUGUGCAAUUCAUGGAGGGGAGGCCUGGUGGCAGUGAAGAAGCAACCUUUGGAUAACUCUUCCACCUCAGAGUUAGGCCACAGUCAUGCCAGAUAUUUAAAGCAUUAUGAUGCAACUUUAAACGUUCAUGGCUUCCCCCAAAGAAUCCUGGGGACUGUAGUUUGUUAAGGGUGCUGAGAGUUGUCAAGAGAUGCCCUGUUCCCCUCAGAAAGCUGCAGUCCCUAGACUGGUUUAACAAUGAACCCCCCUUUCCCAAGGGAUUCUGGGAAUUGUAGCUCUGUGAGGGGAAUAGGGCAACCUCCUAAUACCUCUCAGCACCCUCAACAAACUCCAGCUCCCAGAAUUCUUUGGGGAAGCCAUGGCUGUUUAAAGCGGUAUAACAGUGCUUUUUACAUGUGCAAAUUUGAGCUUAGUUUGUGUAAACAGGCCCUAUCCCCCCCUAAACAGAACUACAAGAGCUCUGCUACAGGGUUUGGCUGCUUAUGUAGCUCAGCUUGAUGCAGGCCUCAUCCUCACCAUACAUUAAAAGCACUAUAAUACCACUUCAAACAGACAUGGCCUCCACCAAAGAAUUCUGGGAGCUGGAGUUGUUAGGUGGCCCCUGUUCCCCUCACAGAACUACACUUCCCAGAGUGGUUGAACAAACAAUCCUUUUUUUCACAGGGAAAAGCCCUGUCUAAACCCUGACUAGGGCUGGUGGAAGUUAUCAUUCGGAAACAUCUGGAAGGCACCAGGUUGGGGGAGCCUGAUUCAGUCCCCUGGAAACCCCAUUUAAACAUUGAUCACCUACACUAAUUGCUGAGGAAUAAUAGCAAAAAUAAGAAUACAUGAAACAGCCCUAUUUCUUAUCUCCAGGGUACCAACAUCGCUGCAGGAAAAGCAGUUGGCGUCGUCAUUGCCACGGGAGUGUACACCGAAAUUGGGAAGAUCAGGAACCAGAUGGUCGCCACCGAGCCUGAGAAAACCCCCCUGCAGCAGAAGUUGGACGAAUUCAGCCAGCAGCUCUCGAAAGUUAUUUCCUUGGUCUGCAUCGCCGUUUGGGUCAUCAACAUCAGCCACUUCAGUGACCCCGUGCACGGCGGCUCCUGGUUCCGUGGGGCGAUAUAUUACUUCAAGAUUGCCGUGGCCUUGGCCGUGGCGGCAAUUCCCGAAGGGCUUCCGGCGGUCAUCACCACCUGCCUGGCGCUGGGCACCCGCCGGAUGGCCAAGAAGAACGCCAUCGUGAGGAGCCUCCCUUCCGUGGAGACCCUUGGCUGCACGUCGGUCAUCUGCUCUGACAAGACGGGCACUUUGACAACCAAUCAGAUGUCCGUGUUCAGGGUGAGUCGUGGGCACAGUGGGCUGGGUCCUGCCCUCUGGUUUCCUUGUGAAAAUUGUGAUAAGUCCCGUCCCCCGUCCCCCCCGAAAGGAAUGCCUCUUGGUGUUACUGCAGGAACCUUUUAAGCCUGGUUGAACUUCAUUUUGUUGGUAAGAUUUCUGCUUCAUCGUUAUGGCAGAUGCGAAAAUGAAGGUGGUACAGUCCCUGCAGAAGGACUGCACCACCUCAAGCUAGGACUUGAAUUACUGGCAAAUAACCAGAAAGGACCAGCUUGCUUGACUUGAGUGAUUGACCUCCUUAGCUACUGUUUGGGAAGGCUGCAGAGGAGACCCGAUUUUGCAAAAAAACGCGUGGGAAGUCAUAAGAUCUACAUCGAUCUUAACAGGUACUUCGUAAACCCCUUCCCACAUAAACGCCUUGCAUUUGUCACAAGAAGAUUUAACCCAAAGAUCCAUGUGGGAGCCCAUUUCUGGAAACACAUCUCUGAUUUUGUUCCAGCUGGUGAAUGUUAGCGCUUGCAAGGAUGUGUUUCUUUGGGACUGGGAAGCAAAUCAGUGUCUGGACUGGGACAGGUGGUGGCAGCAAUAGAGUGGAGAUGUCUUUUAAGUAUUUCCUGAGAGUUGCAGCUGCAUGAAUGACCUGAGUUAAUUUCUUUCUUUCUUUUGCAAUGAAUGUGGGGGAGGCAGCAAGCCGUUCUAUGCAAAACUGAUGGGGUCGUGUUCAGUGGUAGAAGCAUCUCUUACUAAUCCACUGGUGGGAGGGAACAGCUCAUCUCUCUAGGAAGCUGCUUUGCGGAGUUGGGUAAACAGGGGAAGAUUUUUCCCUGAUUCUAGCAUAAGCAAGAGCCUGGCUUGCUGUUGGAAUCUACCAGUCAGGGGCUUCUUCUCUCCGCCCCCCUCCCCAUACUUUUAUUGUUUUUCGUUUAAAUCCAAGAACAUAGAGUGGUACCUCGGGUUACAUACGCUUCAGGUUACAUACGCUUCAGGUUACAGACUCUGCUAACCCAGAAAUAGUACCUCAGGUUAAGAACUUUGCUUCAGGAUGAGAACAGAAAUCGUGCUCCGGCGGCACGGCAGCAGUGGGAGGCCCCAUUAGCUAAAGUGGUGCUUCAGGUUAAGAACAGUUUCAGGUUAAGAACGGACCUCCAGAACGAAUUAAGUACUUAACCCGAGGUACCACUGUAUAACUACCAUAGCUUGUCCAGUGGUCGUUUCAUAUGUUUAUUUAUGUAUUAUCAAUUUAAGUAGCCUUGCCAAAGAGAUUCUUGUGUUGAGGGUGGAAUAAUGGUAUAUUCUGUCUCAUUUAUAAAGGAAAAGGAAGGAAGCCAAGUCUCACAAAAAGUGUCUAUCCCUGAAGUGCAUUUAAUUACCCUUCUGCGGCAAGAUAGAGCCACAUUCCAAAUUUUAUUUAGCCAGAUUUCAGUGGGGUUUUCUGUAGAUUGUUUCCGGUAUCAGGCUAUUGUUAAUCGGGCUGCCGAUAACAGGAAAAAACAAUAAACCUCUGCAUUUAAGGUUAUUGUUUAAAUUUGAGCCUAAUGACAGCAAGGCAAGACAUCAGAAAGGCACCUUCACUCUUCUCGUCUCCGCGUCUGCUAAAAACAUUUUUGUUUAGACAAGCUUACCCAGACGUGUAGAAUGUUGCCAUGUGUCUUAAUCUGUUUUUAGCUCAUUGUUGAUUUUAGUUAUAUUUGAAUGUUUUAAAUAGCUGCUUUUCCUUUUGUAAAAUGCUUUGAGGGUUUGUGUUUUUAAAAAAUUAUCAAGCAGUGUGUACAUUGUAUGAAAUAAAUAAGCAUUUUAAGAGUAAGGCUGCAAUACUUAGUUGGUUCAUUGGUCAAGCAAGGGAUGGGGAACCGAAAUAUUUUGAGGUCCUUGGGCCAAAAAAAAUAGGUCCCCACCUCUGCAGCGCUAAAGACCAUCCACUGAAGAUAUUAAAACCCAGGCAGGCAGUUAUCAGCAGAAUCAUUCCUUCAGGUAUUUAGAUCCCCAGUUGCUGGGGCUUUGAUGUCAUUCUUUGCACCUGCAGGGGAGAAUCCGCAUUCAAGUCCAUUUUAAGGACAGGUGCUGUCUGAAUUUCCAAGAGUGAAAUGCUGGAUCCGUUGGAUAAAUAUUUAUUCUUCCAGGCACCAAACGUCUCUGGGAGAAGAUUCAAAUUCUUAGCUAAUGUGUAACCAUCAGGAGUUCCCUGGUUAAAUAAAGGCAAAGGCUUAAUAGCAGGAAUAUGGAAAUUGUUAGUAGGUUUGCACACUUGAUUACAAAGUUAAAUAUUUGCUUGGCUGCUGUGAAACACCCCCUUCUCCAGGGAAGAUGUUGUUUGUCACCAAACAGCUUGGCUCACACCCUGCCCUUACCAUUGUGUAAACUGGGAGAAUCCUGUAUAAAUGGUUAGCUUGGUUCUACUGCAGAGGAGGAGUGGAAACAUGGAAAGUUGAUGUGUAGAAAGCAUUAGCUAACAGCACUUACAGGCCUACAGCUUUGCAUAGCAAAUGGCUCCUAGACCAUUGAAAGCCUUUGAAAAUGAACGCCAGGAAGGGUCUGGUCUCAGAAUUUUAUCAGAUGCUACUGAACGCGAAAUUUGGUGAUUUCCAUGGCCCGCAGAAUGUUUGGGGGACAGAUCUUGAAGAAGCCUUUUCUGGUUCAGCUUGUUAGGGGGUCUCUCGUUGGACCUCUGCCCCACACAAGACAACAAUCUCAGUUUCAGUAAGGGAAGCCUCUUUGAAACUAAUUGCCUGUUGGUGCCUCACUCCCGGAAAAUCAAGUCCUUCAUGGAGUGCAUAGUUUACCUAUGGAACUCACAUCCACAGUAGGCAUGAGGGACAGGUCAUCAUCGGGAUGUUUGGCCUACAGCAUCGAAAUGUCUUAGGACGGCCCUUCCCUCUCCUCUGCCACCUGUUUUGGAGAUUUGUUUUUUUCCUUGAUGCAAAAAUUUGAAUUUCUUUUUAAUCAGCCAGAGAAGAUACAGCCCUGGGCAGAGUUAAUUAAAAGACUAAUUAAUGACAGAACUCCCUUGUGGCCCUCUGGGAUUUGCUGAAAAUGCCUUUUUAAUAAAUAAAUAAAUCACAGAUUGAUCAGGGCUGCAACUUGUUUAAAUCCCGCCCUGUACAGUUUCUACAGGAUUGAGUAGGCUUUUGGUCAGCAACACUUCCAAGAUAUGACUCACCCGCCUCUUCCCACCUCACCAAAUUUAAUUAGCAUGCACGGGCAGCUUCGUUCCUGAUGACUCGUGCUCCUGUUUUUAGCACUGACCUCUCGGUCACCCAGAAGAAAGCUGUCAAUCUAAAGGCAUCGUUGAGACGAGAAGGGGGCGCUUUUGGUGGGUGGUUCCUGUGUCCUAUUGGAGGAUGGGGAAGAUGCAUAGCCUGAGGGUAACUCCUAGAUCAGCACUGUCCUGUGAGGAACGGGCCGCCUCAGUGGCAAGGAGUGUCCAUUAGGACCUGCGAGACCAUGGUUAAAACUAUGAUACCUCUUUAAACCAUCAUGGCUUCCCCCAAAGCAUCCUGGGAACUGUAGUUUGUAAAGGGGACUGUGAGUUGUUCGGAAACCCGUAUUCUGCUCCCAGAGCUACAGAGUGGAAUUCCUCUUCACAGGGAACCGUGGGAACUGUAGCUCUGUGUGGGUGUUUCCUGACAAUCUUCAGCGUCCUUAAGAAACUGCUGGUCCCAGAAUUCCCCUCACAGAGCUACAAUUCCUUGAGUUGCCUGUGAAUAUGAAUGGGCCAUUAAACCAUUUUAGUCCUUUGAGGGGAGGGAAUAGGGUGUCUCCUAACAACUGUCUAGCUCCCAGAAUCCUUUGCGGGAAGCCAUAGCUGUUAAUGGUCUCCAAGUGCCCCCAAAAUGCCGCGACUGUCACGAAAACCCAUAAGCCAUCGUGGCUUCUUCUCGCUAUGUCACACAGAGUCCUUCAUUCUGCAAGCACGGAAAGGGGGCAGGGGGAGGAGGCCCAGCCCCCUCACGGUGGCGCAGCAGGACGCAUGAGGAGGGGAGGUUUGGGGUGCCUUCACUCCACCAGCCGGUACUGCUCAAUUACGGUGAUGGUGGUGGCAGGAGUGGCCUUGGGGCCCCCAGCUCAUGUAGGCGCACAGGGGCCCUUCGGCGGUCCCUCCAACCACUGACUAUAGAGACUACGUUCCUGGCAUGGAGGUACCGCCUUGUGAACAUUUGGUGUGGGUGCCUCCUCUGAUGCCCAAGGCGGACUGAUGGAAGCCCCGCAGUUUUGCCAUAUAUCCUCUAAGGUUCACACAUAUAACCGGGACAUUUGCUGACACGGUACUGUUACAUACUCCUCUUGGUGACAGCCAUUUGGGGCAGCUCAGUCAGCCCCAUUCUUUUCCUAUAUUCCAUUGGCAGUGUUCAUAUAUACAGGAUGCAGCGGGAUGACGGCUCUGAUGUAGAAGGGAACGUCCCUAUUUUCAUUUGAGGAAUGUUGGGGGUUAUGGAAUCCUAGUGCUUUAAACGUUAUAGGGUGAGCAUGUCCUCUUGUGCAGAGUGUCUCGUUAUUAGUCAAUGUUUCUGUGUCCUUGCUUCUACACCCUUUUUUUUUUUUUUUUUGAAGGACAGCUGAACCAUCAUCCUUAGACCCUUUUAAUCUGUUCUUGAAAAAAACAGGAGGCCUUUUUGUAUGAGGUGCCGGACCUUUUGUCGAUUAAGCAAAUCCCUUUAUCGCUCUGUUUGAGUUCCCCACCUCAUCAACAAGGUAUUUAGCUGGCAAGCUUUUAAGUGUGUGUUCAGGUUGCUGAGUAGGAGAUGAUAUAAUUAAUGAUAAGACUUUGGCGAUGGUGGCUCACUGCUCAAGCUGCUGUGAAUUUGGGCUCAUCAUUUCAAAGGGAUGGCCGAGAGAGAGAUGAGAGGCCCUGCAUUUUCUAUCUUCCUUCUCCCUCUCUGAUGAGAAAUAUUUUUUUCCAGAAACAAAAGGAUGUUAUUGUGUUGCUUUUUCUCCCCCUUCAGAAAUGUUAGCCUGAGCUGGAGGUCUGGCCUGUAUAGCUUUUUGGAUAUUUGAAAUAAGAAAUUGACUUGCUGGAUUAGUUAAUGGGAAUAACUAGGCGAGCAGCAACCCACAAGUGCUUCCUACUUUUGACUGCAAUGAUAAAUAUCCCCUCAAAAAUGUACAAAAGACUGUACUUCUUAGCAACCAGGAAGAUGUUUACUGAGGUACCACCUGUCCUUGUUGACUGUAGUUCUGAGGAAGUUUUUCAUCUAUAUUUGGUUGUAAGUCUUCCUGCUAUGUACAAAAGAAUACGAAACCCUCUCUGUUCCUUUCUCCUCAAAUCAUACACUGUUCUUGUUUUAUUUCUUCCGUGUAGCAUACCAGGAUUUCUUUUCAUUCUGGACUCUCAUCUAUGGUAUUUAAGAGACUUCGCUAAAAUAAAUAUCCACUGAAAACGCCACAAUGCACCAAAGACUGUUUGCUCUUCCUUCCUGUUUGCAUUGCCUCAGCCUCUCCUGUGUCCCCUCAGAUGUGCACACAUUUCCUGGGUUGCCAGGAUUAGAUACCCACCCUUCACUCUGAACAGAUGAGAGGUCCAAGUGCCUUCAUCCCCCGAUUGAUUGGCAGUUGAGAUGGGGGGGGCGACACUAAUGUGGGGAAGACAUCACCCCCCCCCAUGGCAUUCAGUGUGAUGCUCAGAAACAGACCAGUAGUUGUUGCAGCUGUUCAAGCACUGCCCGGAUGUGUUGCCAAAUUAUCCACCCAGCAUCUGCAGUUUGUACUAAUUGAACUUUCCAAGAAAUCUCCAAGCAACCCCAUGUACGUUAUAUUGCAGUGGCAUGUUUCUGAGGUUCCCAUGUGGAUUUUUUUCCUCAUUGUACACAUUUCUUAAUGCAUUCUGUUCUAACGCAUGGAUUUUAUUUUAUUUUCAAAUGCAAAUGGAGACUGUUUUGAGCCAAGAACUAUGUGGCAAAAUUCGGAGAAGUGUGAAAUCUGAAAGGUAAUUCUGUUCCGAUCUUCACAUUAGCCCGGGAGAUGUGGAUCUGGUCUGUCCACAGAAAUCGAGGCCCUUCAGCAUUCCCAGGUGCCUCUGGCAGUAAAGCCUUCCAAUGUUUCCAUGACAAGAAUCGAGAGGUGCUUGUGGCACCCCAGUUCUCUUAGCAUCUGCAAGGUGUGAAAUGGCUGCUGGGUACUGCGUGGAACCUUAGUGUACAUGCAUUUUGCAUCUAUAUGCAUGUGCACUAGAGAUUAGAUGCAUCUUCCCCUCACUCAGAGAUUUAGGUCCUCGGGCAGAGGCGUACCACUUGUGGCUCUGGGGUCUUAUGGUUAUGAAGCCGCAUGUACAGUCUUCUUAAUUUUUAAAAAUUGUUGUUAAAGGGACUCUUGCCCACUUGAAGAUUCAAGCCUGCCACUUGCCACCUGAAGGGGGUCGGGCAAAGCUGGAGGCUUCGGGUCAGACGUGAAUCCCUAGAUCUAGCAGAAAGGGAUGUAGACGACAAAAUCCAGCUGGCUGGCAGAAAAUUCAGCAGAGAUGAGGUUCCCAGGGGUAUGGCAUGUACCCAUCUAUGGAUUAAGUCUCUUUUUAAAAACAUAGGAAUCUGGCUCAGCGUUGUCUACACCAGGCACCCCCAAACUCAGCCCUCCAGAUGUUUUGGGACUACAAUUCCCAUCAUCCCUGACCACUGGUCCUGUUAGCUAGGAAUGAUGGGAGUUGUAGUCCCAAAACAUCUGGAGGGCCGAGUUUGGGGGUGCCUGGUCUACACUGACUCUCCAGGGUUUCAGACAGGGGACAUUCCCAUCCCUACCAGGAGGUGCCAGGAAUUGAACCUGGAAUCUUCUGUAUGCAAAGAAGAUGCUCCAACACUGAGCUACGGAUCUUCUCCUGACUUUCUGGUCACUUCAUGUACCAGCCUGGGCAUUUUUAGACGAAGAAUUCAGGAUUUGGCCUGUGGCAUUCAGAAAGGCAACGCCGUAUCCCAUGGCAACCGAGCUCUGCAUUCCUCUCCCUCUCCAUUUGGUGGCCAACGCAACCGAAGGCAGGGCUCAAGAGUUCAGCGGCGAGAGAUCCAGCAGGUAUCCUGCUCUGUGCACAGUUUGUGUGUGCUUUUUUUUUUUUAAUAAAAAGAACAUCUUUCCAGGACGAAUGUAAACACCCGAGCAGAAAUAGCAGGGGGCUAAUCCCCAAACCGGACGGGCAAGCGCUCAAUCCUCCUCAAGCCAGUCUGAAAGGGGCUGGAGGGCAGCCAGUUCCACAAAGCCCCAUUUACUUUAAAAGGCUUAAGGAUGCAAGCUAACAGAUGCGUCAAAAAGAUGGAAAACUCCACUGGCAAAGGACCAAAAAGCUCACUCAUCUGGAGGAACUGACUCAAGGUCUUUUCUCACAGCUGUCCAAGAACAAGACAGGUGUGGCUUCGGUUAGGGCAUGCCGACUUUCCGAUCUUGUACUGUCAAGCUGCAGAGCCACUGGAAGUCGUGGUCACUCCAUAAAGCUGGAUGUUGGAAGAUUUAGGACAGAUAUCAGCAGCUAGAAGCAGCAGGAAGGGAGAGGCUUCUCGUGCACGGGUCCCGCUUGCUGUUUUUCUUACAGGCAUGGUUGGCCACUGUGAGAACAGGAUGUUGGAUUAGAUGGGCCAUUGGCCUGAUCCAGCAGGGCUCUCUUUGUGAUUUUACGUACCCAAAGAUAUGUACAGAGAGCCAGUGUGGUGUAGUGGUUAAGAGCAGAAGACUCGUAAUCUGGGGAACCGGGUUCGCGUCUCCGCUCCUCCACAUGCAGCUGCUGGGUGACCUUGGGCCAGUCACACUUCUUUGAAGUCUCUCAGCCCCACUCACCUCACAGAGUGUUUGUUGUGGGGGAGGAAGGGAAAGGAGAUUGUUAGCUGCUUUGAGACUCCUUGUUGUUGUUUAGUUGUUUAGUCGUGUCCGACUCUUCAUGACCCCAUGGACCAGAGCAUGCCAGGCACUCUUUAGGGCAGUGAUAAAGCCGGGAUAUCAAACCCAAACUCUACAAGCGUUCAGGCAGUUGUACACACAAGCGUACGGGAUGUAAUGUGUGAACAGUCCUCAUGACACUGUUGAAUGUGCUCAGAGAAUACAGAGCUGCUGUUUGGGUCUUCCCUGGAUGUCUCUGUGCUGCUUCUUAGUCUUUCUCUCUCUCAAAAAGGGUUACUUUAAAAAAUGAAAUGAAAUUGCAAGCUGGUUUUGUCUGCCGCAACUCAGCCCACCCCCUCUUUGCUCAAUCUGUCAUCUUCCCCAAAAUGCAUCCUCCAGGCCAGGUAUGUUCUGGUACAUUAACCAGGUUUCAGCAGUGUUGACAGUCCAGUUACACUGAACAAAAGCCAGGAGGAAGUAAUCGGGAAUUUGGGGGCUGAGAAGACUCAAAUGUAUACAACUCACAAGAGCUCAUUUUUAUUUUCAUCUUACUUUUUUUAUUUUUUCUUCGUUUUGUUCUCAUCUGGUUGGCGCCAGCUCAUUCAGAAGAAUUGGGUGGGUGCUGUUUUUACUUUCUCAUAUCCAGCUAUGUGUGGGGAAUUGCUUAUUGAAUGCUCCCCCUACGUGAUUUAUAUCCUGCAACCAAAAAAUUAGGGUAUAUCUUGAGGUAGGUUCUUUUUCCUUGAUGGAUCUAAUUCUUUUGCUUCAUAAAAAAAGAAUGUAUUCCCCCAGUCAAAGUCUGCAUGUGGUACAGUCCACUCCUCCAUGACCAGAUUCUGCUUCCUGUGUAUUAUUUACAAGGAUUUGUGUGCACUGACCACAAAAGUUGGUUUGGUCCCCAAUUCAGCGCUGCUGUGAUCCAGGGUGCUUUGUACCACUCCCCAGUUUGACUCAGGGUUUCUCUGACCUUCCAGUUUACUAGUGAGAAACAAAAGAACUCUCUAACCUUUCCUCCACACCUUUUGACAGAAGUGGAUGAAAUUUGCAGGCUCCUUACCCAUCCAGAGUAGUUGAAGCCUACCAAAUCACAGGCAAAUAGGCCCAGGGGCCGAUGAGCCAAAAAUCCCUCUGAGGCACCUCACUUGGUCUCUGUAUCCAUCUUGCCUACUCCCAGCAUGCAUUGGAAGAACGAGAUCAGGCCUUUCUGUCCCAACCACUGGCCAUUCCUGCCCUCUGAGACCCCUCAGGUGUCCAUUCUUGGGUGUAUUCCUUUGAAUCUGGUGGACCUACUUGCAGUGCUCAUGAAAAGACCUGAAAAGCAUAGUAAUGUUCUACACACACCCAAAUCAGAAAUUAACCAUGUGAGCUUAUAAAUUUCCAUCUCUAACAGAUAUUUUGGACAAAAAGGUAGGGUGGAAUCCAGCUGUUUUUAAUGAGCUUUUCCCUCUGCCCACGGAAGAUAGAGUCCCUGCAAGGCUUGCUGUUUAUUCUCCAUUGCCUAAUUUUAGAAAAUGAAGUUGGAUACAGUUGAAAUGGUAUAUUCUCAGCCCUUUCCUUGAAACACAAAGAGCAGAGGGCUUUGUUCCCUAUUUGAUUUCUGGAGGGUGGGAUUUCUUCACAACGGGUGGCGACGCUUAAGCAUGUAUCUUGCACUCAAAAUGGCCGCCGAGAUCUCUCAUGAAAAAACAAGAUUCCCCCCCUUCCUUCCUUCCUUGAUUCCUUGAUUCUUUUCUUUCUUUCUUUCUUAUAACUGAAAUUCUGAAAUUCUCCCAAUAAAAUAUUAUUAAUAAUAAAAAGAGUUAUUUCCCAGCUUUCCUCCAAGGAGCUCGAGGUGAUAUGUACGGUUCUCUUAACAGUGGGGUGUGUGUCUGUGUGAAAAGAAAAUACCUGCAAGGGCCAACUCAGUCUAGGGCCUGAGGGUCCUUCGCUGAGAAGCUGCUGCCUGCGAUCCAAAGGAUCACCACAUGAGGCAGCCUCACAUGGAUCAUAGGAGCUCCUGACACCCAUCGUUUUUCUUGCAUGCGCUGCUUCAAAGCACAGGAGCAUAACUAAAAGAGAAACGUUGGCAACCCGUGCUGCCUUUGUGGAUAUCCUCUGAUAUCCUCUUCAUUCUCAUAAAUCAUAGCAGUGUCUCUUGCUCAUCUGGCGUGGGGUGAGGUGGGGGUGUUCUGUAGAUACCAUGGGCUUUCUGAAACCCCCGUAAAUUCGCUUGGCUGAAGUGUUGUGCACAUGGACCGGAACGCCAAGCUGCACUUCCCAUUAAUUAGUGAAGCUGCUCACCAAAUUGUCCCUCUGCUGAAUUCCUCCCUCGAUCCUCUCCGUUCGGCUCCAGCGGAAAUGUUUGCCGGAGCAGAACUAAUGAUGCUGAAACUCGUAGUUCUUCACUGUCAGGAAUGUUUAGUGCACAUAAGGUGAGAGAGUUGAGCUAGCGUAGUGGUAAGAAGCAGCGUAGUGGUAGAAGAAGACAUUUUGCCGCCUGAGGCAAAAUAGAAUAUGGUGCCCAUUCAGUGGUGUAGCAUGGGUUGCCAGUGCCCGGGGCCGUGCGGAGGGAGGGAAAUGGAGAGCGCAUGCGCAUUGAAAUGCCCAAUGGCGUCCAUGUCACCCGGGAGAUCACAGCCGUAGAGAUAAGAAAAGAAGAGACAUUCUGUUGUCUGGAGAGGCUACUUCCCAAUUCUCAAGGAGAAGCCAUUUUCAAUGGAGUCCAGCGACGGAAGCAUGUAGCUGUAUUGAGGCAGCACCAGGAGUUGAAAUUUUGUGCCCCCAAACAAUUUUGCUCCUGGGGCAAUUGCCCUUGUGGCUUCCCCCACGGUAUGCCACUGUGCCCUCCUCCCCCACUACCGUCGCUGCCUUCCCCCUGCCUCUUCCGCCUGAGGCGACUGGAAGAAACCUGGGGAAGCCCUGGUGCGCUGAAGAAAAAAGGAGGCCAAGAGAGGACAUUGUGAGGCAGAGGCCACAGGCAACAAAUGCAGGAGGCAGGGAGCGACACACUUCUCAGGGACCCAGAUCUGCUACCCCUCCCAGCUGUCCCCAGCCUGCUGCCUGAGGUGGCUCCCUCACCAGAGCUAAUAGGUGAGUUGGCCCUGGCUAGAGUGCUAGACUAAGACUGGGGAGAGCCGGGUUCUAGUCCCCACUCAGCCACAGAGCUGUGUGACCUUGUGAUGUGACAGUCCGUCUCUUACUCUCAACCUAGCCUACCGCAAAAGGUGUUGUGAGCUUAAAAUGGUGAAGAGAACUUUAUACACCAUAACUUGUGCCAGUCAUGGUUUGGUGAGAUGUCUGAACCAAAAUAAAAAUAAAAAUUGGGAAACAUGCUGCCUCUGAACAUGCCUGCCCCCGAAGUAAGACCUUCUCUAGCUUUGAUGGUGCUCUGAUCAAAGUUUCCCUUAGUGAGGGCCUCCUCCUCUGUCGGCGGAUCCUGCACAACUUGCCUUGCUGUGAUCAUGGUGCUCCAAGAAGCACUGAGGGAUUGCCUAUGGCUUCAUUUUCCACACUGCCACAGAGCAAUGUUUGAAUUGCAAGAAAUACAGUUUAAUAAUCACCACCUAAGUUUGCUUUCCCCCCCCUCCCCUCCCCAACCCUGUUUCCUUUUGUGUCGUUUGUUAGCCUGUUUUAGUGGAUUGUGUCUAAAAUGCGCUUUUUGGCAGGAAGGCCAGGUAUAAAUGAACAAAUGGGGAGAAUGGGAGCAUUACUGCAUUUUGAAAAAUUAUUACUCAGUCAUGUGGGAUUCUUUCCAUUGCUCACCUUUCCCUCUCUCCCUCUCUCUGCCUUUAUUGCAGAUGUUCAUUGUUGAGAAGAUAGAAGGAAUCCAUUGCAGCCUGCAUGAGUUCACCAUCUCCGGGUCUACGUACACACCGGAGGGACAAAUGUAAGCACUUGGCACUUCUCUUUGCCUUUAUUUAUCAAGUAGAGAGCUAGCAAAGUUAUCUAGAGGCAGGCUCAGAAAGGAAUGUCAACCAGGGUAUACUUAAUUAGAUUAGAGAUUUAAUUUUAAUUUCAUUUAUAUACUAGCAGCCUUGCACUUGGCUUUGCUCAGGAAUUCUAAGGAUCCAAAAAAAAACAAGGCAGUAUUGGAAGAUUCAUUCUGCCAUCUUGAUUCAAAAUGCUGUCCGAUUGUAUCUGAACAUAGAUGAAAACCUGCUCCUUGAUCUCAGAAACCAUCAUGCCAUAUUUGAUUUCAAUAUCUUAAGAAGUGUCCCAAGUGCAUAGUGAACAAACAACUUUCCAAAAGGCCUAGUAGAUUGUAAUCCUCCUCCGAAAUUUCUACAAAUUUGAAAAGCAAGGUUAAAAACGUUUUAAAUGCAUAAAAUGAAAGUUGCAGCUCUGGGUUGGCAGUGCUGGGGACACCCAGCUUUAAAUUUAUUCUUUAGCCCCAGGAUGUGCCAUGUGGCGUGGAGAGAGAACAGGAAGAUCCCUUCUGUGAAUCUUGUAAAACGCCUCUUCUGUUUGCUUUGGUUUUCCGGAACCUUCCAGCCGCCAUCUUCCAAUAAAACCCACCUACCACACACACACACACACACACAAAAUAACCAGUCGCCAGUUCUGCCAUGUGCAUUGAUUUCCAGAUGGUCUGGGUUUCAUCCUUCACAAAGGGAGCACAUGAGGCUUAUUCUGCCCUUACUUAAAACAUUAAAAAUCUCUAUGAUCUAACAAGCUGUUAAAGGGGAGUUCCAUGAUUUUUUUCUUUAAAAAAGGAAGCUGGAUGGGGGCAAUUUUUGAGGCUGGCUGGGCCUGCUGAGAGUUACUGUCCAGUAACACCUGGAGGUUUUCCGUCCUUGGGUUAAACCCCGUUUCUUCCUGUGCCACACCUCUGAUCUAACUAUUCGCACAGCUCUGAUCUAACUAUCCCUGCCCUUUCAUUGCCAUUUUUUCCUUUAUUUUAUAUAAAAUCUCCUGGGGUUUUUUUAAAUAUAGUAACAAAUAUAUAACACAGCAUCCUCACCCCCAUAACAGAUAUCAGAUGGCACAUUAACAUAAAUUAUUCUUAUUAACCCAUGCAAAUUAUCCAAAUCUCCAUCAUAUAAUGUAUCGGGCACAGCACAAAAGUUUUUUCUUUUAAAAAUCCAUCAUGGAUAAUUGUUCCUAGGGAAGGCUAUAUUUCAAGCUGUGUUGUUCAGGAUAGCCAUAUCUGCAAAGAUGAUUUGGAGAGUUUACCUUUUAAGACCUGUUUCGUUUUGAAAGAAUGACCACUCUACUGUACUGCCUCAAAUUUGUCUGUUUUUCUUUCUGUUUUGUUCCUUUAAUUGCUUUCAAGUUAUGAGUUAUUUUCUCAGGGAUAGCCAGUUGCCAGACAUCUUUAUUCUGUAAGUCCGAAGAUAAUUCUUUUAAGGCCUUCUGGGUUUGAGCACUAGAUUUUCUAUGGCUGGUUUUUGAAAAACAAUUUCCUGAUUUGGUCCUCAUAUAACCAUGUUCACUAAAAAAUUCUGCAUUCUAUCCAGUGGUCGUCACGCUCAAAAUAGACCCAUUGACAAUAAUAGACAUAGAAUUGUACAUUUAUAGAGUUGGAAGGGACCCAGAGGGUCAUCUAGUCCAACCCCCUGCAAUGCAGGAAUCACAUCUGAGGAAUCCCACCUCUGUUGGAAAGCCUCCAAUGAAGGGGAGUCCAACACCUUCCAAAGAAGUCAACUCCUAUGACUAACAUAAAACCAUUAAUUUCUCUGGGGUAUGAGUAUGACUAACAUUGCAUACGACCUUCGGGUUCCAUAUUUUAAUUUAUUUGAAUUUAGUUUUGCCAUGGAGCACUGCGGUGGUGUCAUUAGGGGCAUGUAAGCUGCUCAGAUCCUGCUCCAAACCAGUCGGAAUUCGUGAUGCAGUUCAUGAGGCUGUAAAUCACCAGGGUCAAGUCACUUUUUUAUCCAGUUUUGAAUCUUGGGCUAUUUUAAGAGGCGCAUCCAUGGGAAACAGCAAGCGGAAUAAAGCUCCACUUGGAAGAAUGUACAGCAAAUUGCUUUGGAAUGGGUGGAGCCUAAGCAGAGCGAGGGAGAAGAGCUGCAGGUUUAGCUCCGGGAUCUGUGGGGAUCCACGUCUUGCAUCCAAGGGUUGCACAAGCAGGAUCCACCAUGUAAAUAGUGGCAAAUUAUACUUGGGGAGGGAUGGACCUCAUAGGGAUCGGUUUCUCUCCAUUUCCUAUUUCUCCAAUCUUCAGUUUGCCUCAUUUCUGCAUCAGCACAAAAAUUCAUAUACAGUUUCAUGGAUAUUUCUCCUAAUGAUUUUAUGCAGUCUUGCCUGAUACCUAUAUUUUGCAACCUAUUAUCCCUCGCUGUUGCAUACAAUUUUCGGUACACACUUUCCCCUCAUAUAUCCUUCUUUGCACACUUUUUGUUGUUGUUGCUGGAGAACUGCACUGCAAAAUUUGGAGCAGUGUGAAUGUCAAUGCAAAAAAAGAGCAGAGAAUCUCAGCAUUUGGGUACUUCACUUAAUAUGUAAAUUUCUAGACUUUAUUUCUCUACCCUGCAAUAUUUUUGAAACUCUGGUCUUGCGGGCUGAAGAGCUAAGCUGAACACUCACCUGCACCAGUGUAAAUUUUAUUCGGCUCCUCUGGCUUCUAAAUUUUCAGCAGCCAGAAAACUUUCAAGCAGAUCUCUGUGGCCACACGUUCUAGAAACUUACUGGUACAUAUUAAACAAACAAACAAACAAGGAAGCUAAAAUACUCUGCUCCUUUUUCCACAUUCCUAUGGAGUUUCAGCAAAAACAAAACCCUGGCAAGAGAUCUAGAAUUAUUUGAGUGUUAAUUCCCUUCUCCUCUUCGAUAUAUAAACUUUUUUCUCCCCCCCCCCCCCGGGACUCUAAUGAUCCCUUAAUUAGCAAAGAACUUUUCCAUCCCAGCUGUGCUUAGUCCAAGACAUUUGCUAAUGUCUCAUGAAAGGGUACAAUUUGUCACUCCGUUCGAAACAGCUCGUUGACAGAAGGCCUCCUUCUGGCCUUCCAAAAAUGGCUUUUCCACAGGGAUUUAAUCGGGCAGGCUCAGGGUCUAAUUUGAGCAGUCUGGAUGGGGGGUGGGCAGCCCUCAGCCUGGGAUUUGGGAAGGACUCUGCUUCUGGGGCUGGGGGCCCAGAGGGUCAGCACCCCUCCAGUUAAAACAAGCUUGAGGUAGUAGCGGGCAGGAAGGACCUCUGCCGAAGACCCCAUUGCCAGUCAAAACAGACAGUACUGAACUAGAUGGACCAAAGGCCUGGCUUAGUGUAGGGCAGCUUUGUGGGAGGAGAGCCUCUGAGAAUGUGCAAAGUCCGUUUUCAGUAUUUCUGAGUGGUCACAGCCUGGCACUGCAUACGAAGCUUCCUGUUCCAUUUCAGGAAAGACAGCUCCAUAUGAGGCGCAAGCUGGAGCAAGUUAAGAACCUGCAGGAUCAGGCCAGUGGGGGCCCAUCUAGUCCAGCAUCCUGUUCUCACAGGGUCCGACCAGAUGCCUUUUCUGGGAAACCCGCAAACAGGACCUCCUGUGGUUUCCAGCAACUGGGAUUCAGAAACAUUGCUGUUUCCGACUCUGGAGGCAAAGCAUCGCCAUAGUAACCAUCCCCUUUUAAAGCCAUCUAAGUUGGUGGCCAUCACUGCCUCCUGUGGGAGUGAGUUCUGUAGUUUAACUUGGUGUUGUGUGAAGAAGUCCUUUCUUUUCUCUGUCCUGAAUCUUCCAACAUUGGAUGUCCCCAAGUUCUAGUGUUAUGAGAGAGGGAGGGAAAUUUUUCUGUAUGCACUUUCCCUGUGUCCCACAUAAUUUUAUAAACUUCUAUCCUGCCAUCCCUUGUUGUUUAGUCGUGUCCGAUUCUUCGUGACCCCAUGGACCAGAGCACGCCAGGCACUCCUGUCUUCCACUGCCUCCCGCAGUUUGGUCAAACUCAUGCUGGUAGCUUCGAGAACACUAAACAACCAUCUUGUCCUCUGUCGUCCCCUUCUCCUUGUGCCCUCAGUCUCUCCGAACAUCAGGGUCUUUUCCAGGGAGUCUUCUCUUCUCAUGAGGUGGCCAAAGUAUUGGCGUCUCAGCUUCAGGAUCUGUCCUUCUAGUGAGCACUCAGGGCUGAUUUCCUUAAGAAUGGAGAGGUUUGAUCUUCUUGCAGUCCAUGGGACUCUCAAGAGUCUCCUCCAGCACCAUAAUUCAAAAGCAUCAAUUCUUUGGCGAUCAGCCUUCUUUAUGGUCCAGCUCUUACUUCCAUACAUCGCUACUGGGAAAACCAUAGCUUUAACUAUACGGAUUUUUGUUGGCAAGGUGAUGUCUCUGCUUUUUAAGAUGCUGUCUAGGUUUGUCAUUGCUUUUCUCCCAAGAAGCAGCCAUCUCUUAGGGCUUAUCUACACUUCCGUUUGCCCUACCGCUUUCCCCUGAGGAAACCCGAUCUUUGGCGCGGAAUUGGAACAAAUGGCAAUUGAUUUUAUUGCAAACUAGUGGGUUUUCUGAGGGAAAGCAGCAGGGCAAAGGCAAAACCACUCAGACCCAUGCACGGGACCCAGGCAGAAAUGCGGAUGAUCCCUUACACAGGGUUUCUCUAAAGAAGUCACAAAUCUUUCUAUGUAGGGUAGUUGCUGCAUCCCCUUAAUCAUUUUAGUCUCCCUUUUCCAACUCUGUAAUAUCCUUUUUGAGGCGAGGCGAGCAGGAUGGUGAGGUGACCAGCACUCCAAAUUGCUGGUUGCCCCCUAGAAUGUUCCAGAAUGUUGCCUCAGCAACAAAGCCUUAGAGACCCCGUCUGUACAAUAUAUUUAAACAGUAUCAUCUCAUGGUAACAAGUCAUGACUCGCCCCCGCCCCCCAAUAAUCCCUCAGACCUCUGUUCCCCUCACUGGUUUUAGUCAGUUUUAUUGAACGCUAAUAAAAUACAAUUUUAUUUAAAAUUGCAAUUGCUGCAAGGGGCAGAAAAAUCCCUAAGCCGUCUGUCGAGACCCUCUGCAAUUUUCAAGCAGUCCGUGGGAGGAAAAAGUUUGUGAACCACUGUACUGUGUUAUUUAUAUAGCAGGUCAGGACAGAAAUCCCAGAGACAGAUAAAUAAUAAAAACAAAUAAACAAAUGGUUCCAUCCUUUUGUUCAAUAUCUCCUGGUGCAAACAGUCCCAGUUUGUUUUGAUUUCAACUGUGGGUAUAAGGUUCGUCCCCUUUUAUUCUUGUUGAUGGAUGAACACUUAUUGUGCUUACAUUCUAUUCUGGAUUCAGGAUUAUCAGUGUUUGAGAAGUCAUUCUGUAUUUCAAUUGUUUCAUAAGUUGUUUGGUGACGCUUCGUUAAAGGCGAUGAGCAAAGAUAUAAUACCACAAUACUUCAAGGAACGCCUCUCUCCAUAUAAACCCUCCCGGACCCUGAGAUCAUCUUCUGAGGCCCUUCUUCAUGUGCCUCUUCCACAAGAGGGCCAGAGGGCGGCAAUAUGAAAACCGGCCUUUUUUGCAGUGGCUCCCCAUUUGUGGGAUAAUGUUUACACCUUUAGGCACCAGGCAAAAACGUUCCUCUUUAACCAGGUCUUUGGUUGAUUUGACAUCCUAUGCCCUUUUAAAAUGUGUUGGGGAGGAAGGAUUAUUGGGUUGCUCUUGCUUUUAUUUUUAUUGUGUAUUUUGUGCUUUUAUAUUGUGAUUUUAUCUUGUGGACUGCCCUGAGACUUGCGGGUAUACAAAUAACAAUAACAACAACAACAGUACAAUAACUCCUGUCCCUUUUAAAGUUAUCCCAGUGAUUUGAAAUGCCUUAACUUGUAAUGCCAGUAAAGGUAUUUGUAUUAUAGCAACAGUACAUAAUGUUAGUUAAUAAUGACAAUAUCCCUCCACUUUUAAAUGGCAGCUUCAAGAAUGACAGGCCUGUUCGCUGUGGACAGUAUGACGGCCUGGUGGAACUUGCCACAAUUUGUGCCCUUUGCAACGACUCCUCCCUAGAUUACAAUGAGGUGGGUUGUGCUUGAAACCAGUUUGUUUAUUAUAAUGAUUUUGAAUGUUUUCAAUAGGGUUUUUUUUUUUAAAAAAAUUGUUAUAUUUUUGUAAUCAUGUGGUAUAUAAAUUUUAUGAAAGAAAAUAUCUGUAAUUUGGGGCACUGAGUUUUUUCUUACUGUUAUUUUCCUUUCUAGAAAAUAAUAAUUAUAAUAGUCUUUAAUAUUUAUCACACUCAUAUCCCCCCACCUUUCCAAGGAGCUCCCAUUUUAUCCUCACAGCAACCCUGUGAGGUAAUCUGGACUGAGAGCGAGUGAUGUUCAGAAACACACAUUGUCUUCCUUUGCAUUGUGGAAAGUGUUAACAAAAGUUUAUUAAAAGAAGGAAGAAACACACAUUUCCAGAAAACCCACAGCACUGGGUUCUAUGAGAACUAUAUUGCAUCUUUCCUUUCUGCUCACUGUUCUUCCCCCUUUUCCCUUCCUGUUAACAGUCCAAGAAAGUCUACGAAAAAGUGGGCGAAGCCACAGAAACAGCCUUGACAUGCCUAGUGGAGAAGAUGAACGUUUUCGACACGGAUACCAGCAGCCUCUCCAAAGUCGAGAGGGCCAACGCAUGCAAUACAGUGCGUAAGACGUUAAUUUUCCUUCCGCUUCCUUGUGCUCAGCUGGGGCAGCCAGAGAGAAGUUCAGGGUGGCCUAGGCUUGCUUCCUACACUGAGGGUGAGCAACUAGAUCCCUUGAGCCACAAGCAGCCCAUGGGAGAACUUCAAAGUCCCUCAGUAAGAGUUCAGUUUGGGCCUAUGUCCAGAGUGAUCUGGUGUUGGAAAGAGAGGUGAAAGGAAAAGGGGGUGGCAGGAGAGAGGGAGAGAAGGGGUGGGAAAAGAGAAAGAAAAUGGGUGGCCUGCCUUCUUUUGGUUCUGGCUGCACCCACCACUGGCUUUAGCCACACACACAGUCAAUGUGUGGCUCCUGACAGAAUAUCCUAGGAUUGCCAUACGUCCAGACUUUCUCAGACGUAGCCAGGAUUCGACCAUCGAAAACUGGGCAGGUCGCUUUAAAUGUCAGGGGAAAUAUUUGCGUCUGGAUUUUAACUUUUUGAAAUCUGGCAACCCCAUAAUAUCCCCAAGAUAAUUUGUUCCUUGAAAGAAAAAAGGUUGCCCACUCCAUCCUUUCAUACUCUCCAACAUUUCUGUGAUGAAAAUAGGGAUGUCCUAAGGAAAAGCGGAACAUUCUGGGAUCAAGCCAGAAACCGGGACGGUUUCUGUAAAUCUGGGGCUGUCCCUGGAAAAUACGGAGACUUGGAGGGGCUGGCCUUUCGCUCUCAACCCCCCCCCAUAGCUCUCCGUUUCUCUCAAACACACUCACUCUUUCUCUGUCUUUCAGUCGCUUGAUCACACCCUCUUUCUAUCAGACACGCCAUUUAGGAGCUGCUCAAAACAGGAGGGACUUCUGGAGGUUAGAAAAGCUAGUUGAGAAGGGAGGGAAUUACGAAGGGCAACUGAUAAUAGCACCAGAUAAGCAUUGACUUUCUUGGCAGCACCAGCUUUCGGGUCUUUGCAGGAGCCUUGGCGCCAAGAUGGAUCUCUUGGUUUGUUACCGUAGUUUUCCGUGUAUAAGACACCCCCAUGUAUAAGACGACCCCUAUUUUUUUAAAAAACCCAAAAUUAAGAAAUUAGGUUGUUUAGCUUUUUGGGGGUGUGGGGGAGGUCACUUCCGCCAAUCGUUCACCUGCCUGCCUUCCACUGCCGAUCGCUUGCCGCAGCCACUGCCGAUCGCACACCUUGCCGCAGCUGCCAAUCGCCUGCCCGCCUAGCCACAGCCGCCAAUCACCUGCCCAAUCACUGCUGCCAAUCUCCUGUUUGCUGCUGCCAUUAAUCACACAUCCCCCCUCUGCAUUCACUGUCCGUGUAUGAGACGACACCCAAUUUUUGCCCAUUUUUUUUUAGCAAAAAGCAUCAUCUUAUACACAGAAAAAUACGGCAGAUUAUUCCAUUGAGUUGUGGGCUGCGUAAUCCCAUUAAUCCCCGUGCAAAACAUCACCUGCACACCUGCCUGAUUGAAAGCUAAAGCAAAUGGAAGUUCUACUGAGUCAUCCAUCCCCUUAAAAUGAAGCCCCUCUCGAGUGGCAUUUCCUCUGAAUGCUGGGUUCAUCUAUAGGCAGCUGGGAAUCUGAAGACUAGAAAGAUGAGGUUUGUGAGGAAAUGGCAUUACGCUUAUUCAAUUAAACUGAAAGCACCAAGGGUCAACCAGAGUAAAUCUGAGGCUUUCUCCAGCGCUGGUAAUAUUUAAUUGGAUUGAGGAUAAUGUGCCUGCACAGCAGAUGCCUUUAGUAAGGGGUCCACAGGUAUCAUCCAGACUCACCCCCACAAAAAACACACAGCAGUAGGACCCUGAUACUAGGAAUUUUCUAGAAAUCUUGGUGUUGAACUUAUCUGCUUUUUUCUGAAACUUCUCCAUACCCUUUUUGAGGUGGGCUGUCCCAUUGAAGGGAAUUCACUUUGCUGAAGUUUUGAGGGUUCAACUCCUGCAUCCUUUCUUACCUCCUCCCUCUUCAGGUGAUCAAGCAGCUGAUGAAGAAGGAGUGCACCCUUGAAUUUUCCCGUGACCGCAAGUCCAUGUCAGUUUACUGCACGCCAGUGCCGACCAACCACAACUCUUCUGGCAGCAAGCUCUUCGUCAAGGUACCAGCUCGUGGGCAGAGAGCCCUGCUCCACUUGGUGGCCACAGAAUGCUGAUCUUUCACAAGCUGGCAAUGAAAGGGGAGCAGCAACAGAAUGUUGCAGCGUGGGGUUCUCCUGCUGAGGGUUGGGAGGGUGUUCUAGAAGGUAGGUGCCUCCAUGCUAAAUGCCACCGAGCUCUGCCAUCGUGCAGACCAGACCUUCUGAUAGGAUGGUGUCUGCAGAAUGCUCUCUCCUGCAAAAUACAGCGAUUUGUUGGUUGUGUAAAGGACAAUCUUUUAGGUAUACUGGUCCCCAAACUGCAUAGGGCUUUGCACACCAAUACCCGCAAGCAAGGUGCCCUAGGCUGGAGGGAGUUUGUCUCCAUAAGCCACCUAGUUACCUCCACACCAACCACAAUAGUAACCCCAUCAAGACCAAAUUACUUAUUUUUUAAAAUUAAAUUUCUAUACCGCAGUGGAAGAGUGCGCCGGUGGGAGGUAAAGUCGAACCACUGGAGAGUUACAGUGCCUGCUGUAGCUAUAGUGACCGAUACGGGGAGAGAGACAUGUUUUGUUGCAGCUGGGGCAGAAGAAGGCUCCCGAUUUCACUAUUACAGAUACACCACCGCGUUUCUUCUCUCUGCAUUUACAAUACAAAAACUCAAAAAACAGCAACCCAUAAUGUAAUAACAAACUAAAAUAAUUGCAGUACUCCAGGCACAAUUGGCGGACUCAAAACUCCCCAUCGUCCCUUGCCAUUGACCAUACUGGCUGCUGGGGUCUCCUGCUCUCUGCUGCUUUUCCUCCAAGGUUUUAGCUCUGGGCAAGGCUGAAUCCUGGCAAUGCUUACAAAACGUUUUAGUGAACCUGGAAUCCGGGGGAAUUGGCAUUCUCUUACUUACUCAUUACAUAUAUACCCCACCUUUCAUUCAUCAGGGGCAUAACAUGAUGGUGCUAUUCUUCUGUGAAGAAGCGUUUUCUGCUGCUUCUGCACAAGGGUUAUUCUGUCUACAUCCCCGAUUCCCCUUUCUGCCUGGGUUUUGUAGUGACCUAAUCAGGGUUCCCGGUAUUCCACAUAACUCUGCUCCGUUGUCCAAGCUUCCCCCUUCUGCGAAACAUGCGGCAUUUGAAGACUGGCAAAGCAGCACCACCCAGAGGAAAUGCUGGGAAUUGGCUGCGUUCCCAGUGAGCUAAACUAUCACUGGGCUUAACCUCUACAAUCGCUCACUUAGCAGAGCUUCUCAUAUGGAAGAGGAUAUCGGGAGGAAAACGGACAAUUUAAAAGCCAGCAUCCUUGCUAUAGCAGGGUAGGGAGACCGGAUGCACCUCCAGAGCUUGCUGCACUCUAGCUCCCAUCAGUCCCAGCCAGCAUGGCCCACUGCCCAGGGAUGAUGUGAGUUGGAGUCUAAUGCUGUCUGGAAGGCCACAGGUUCCUCCCUCACCCCUGGGAUGCAAGGGGUCUGCACUGGAGGUGAAAAUCACAUUGCUUGUUUAAGAAUGUUAUAAGAGCCCUGCUGGAUUAAAACAAUGCCCCACCUAGUCCAGCAUCCUGCUCUCACUGUGGCCACCCAGAUGCCCCAGUGAGAAACCCACAAGCAGGACCCAAGCGCAAGAGCCCUCUACCCUCCUGUGGCUCCCAGCAACUGCUCCUCAGAAGCAUUGCUGCCUCCAGUUUCGGAGGCAGAAGCAUAGCCAUCAUGGCCAAUCUCCAUUGAUAGGCCACUCCUCCAUGGUUAUGUCUAAUCCUUUAUUAAAGAAAUCUAGGUUGGUGGCCAUCACUGCCUCUUGAGGGAGGGAGCGCCAUAGUUUAACUAUGCACUGGGUGAAGAAGGACUUUCUUUUCUCUGUCCUUCCAACCUUCACCUUCAUUGGAUGUCCACGAAUCGCAGUGUUAUAACAGAGGGAGAAAAAGUGUUUCUCUGCUCCAAAAGGCAGAAAAGUAAUUCCCUAAAUAGCACACACUCUUGUUUUACUUUUAAGUCUCUGUUUUCAUGCAGAGGUAUCGUCCAUCAAAUGCCCAGUGUUCAUUUGUGAGUUCGGCUAAAGGACAUAGUCACACUAAGACUGGUUGUUGUGUUGUUGUGUGUGUGUUUUUUUAAAAAAAAUCUGUCCUGCUGGGUAGGGAUGGGGGUCUGAAUUUGCUGCUCUUUUCAUCAGACCUAUCCAACCCAAGGUUUCUAAACUUACUGGUGGUUCAGCAUACAACCCUCAACCAGAUGAUUCACCACUUCUGGAUUUUUGAAGUGUUUUUUUUGUUUGCAAAAAGUGAACAGAAAUUGCUUAUUUUUAAUGGCUUAGUUUUAAGACCAUUUUUCUCUCACUUAAUGCAGGAAAAAAAGGCUAAGCUAUUACAACUAAAAAUGGCGACUUUACAAAUGUACAAUGAAAACCUUUAAAAUAGCAGCUAAAAUGCAAUAAAGCAGGAGGUGCCCAAACCAUAGUCCAUGUACCACCAGGAGCCUGUGAGCAUCAUUCAGGUGGUCCAUGCUGUGUCUAUGAAUUUGAAGAGGGCAGGCGGCACAUCCAUCCCAUCAAAUAAUUCACAUUGAAUUUUAGCCCUGGCCCUUUAGUCGGCUCUCCAUCCUCUGGGUGCUAAUGGAACCCACCUGAGAAAUGCAGCCCAGUGCUAGGGAACUCUCCAGCUCUUGGGCUGGUUGUCCUCCAAUCUCUUACCCGUUUGCUUGCUUUCUGCAUCUCUUAAUGGGCCUGUCCUGUGACUUCCAUACCUUUUCCGACAGGGCGCCCCAGAGAGCGUCAUCGAGCGCUGCAACUACGUCCGUGUCGGCAGCACCCGGGUUGCCCUGACUCUCUCCACCAAGGAGAAGAUACUCUCCAAGAUCCGGGAGUGGGGCACCGGCAUCGACACCCUGCGCUGCCUCGCGUUGGCCACGAGAGACCACCCUCCGCGGAAGGAGGAUAUGCGUCUGGAUGAUUCCAGCCAGUUCAUCAACUAUGAGGUAAGGCAGAGUCAAGGAAGAGGCCAAAGAGCAGCCUGGUUUAGGAUGGAGUGAGGUGGCUGGAACAGUGCAUGAGGAGCAGGGUUAAGGGGCUGUGUGCAGUUCAUAAACAAAGACUUUAAGGCUCCCUGAGCUAUCAUUGGGACGCGGGUGGCGCUGUGGGUUAAACCACAGAGCCUAGGACUUGCCGAUCAGAAGGUCAGCGGUUUGAAUCCCCGCGACGGGGUGAGCUCCCAUUGCUCAGUCCCUGCUCCUGCCCACCUAGCAGUUUGAAAGCACAUCAAAAGUGCAAGUAGAUAAAUCCCGCUCUGACGGGAAGGUAAACGGCGUUUACAUGCACUGCUCUUGUUUGCCAGAAGCGGCUUAGUCAUGCUGGCCACAUGACCCGGAAGCUGGAUGCCGGCUCCCUCAGCCAAUAAAGCGAGAUGAGCGCCGCAACCUCAGAGUCGGCCACGACUGGACCUAAUGGUCAGGGGUCCCUUUACCUUUACCUUUCAGCUAUCAUUGUUAAUAUCCACCUUCUUCAACUUGGUGUUCGCCGGUUGUUUGGGACGACAUCUGCCUUCGGCCUCCUAGCCAAAACAGUUUGAUAAUUCUUUGGCUCCUCAGAGGAGGCAUUGGGAAAAACCCAGUUCUGGCUGAGAUGACCGGCAGAAUUCGAGACCAGGAAGAAGGGCAGAUGGAAGAAGAUUGGAAAAAAUUUAAAAUAUAUCUUCAAAAAUACUGCAAUAUAAAAGAAUGUUAGAAAGAGGUUGGAAAAGAAUAUUAGGCCGUUUUGGCAGAUACGGUAUAAUGGAUUAAGUAAAAAUGAAGUGUAGAAACUGAGGAUAGAGGAGGAUUAAAUACAUUAUUGAAUGUUAAAAUAAGUAAAUGAAAAGAAGGUUAGAAGGAUUUGCUGGAAAUAUGAUCUAAACUAGAAUACAAAGCGGGAGGUGAGAGGAAGUCAUGGAAAUAAGUAAAAGGAAAAAGGUUGUAAAGGUUUAAUUUGAUUUUUGUUAUACUUUAUUGUAUUGCAUUUUUAUCUUUUGUUGAGUUUUUCUUAUUGUCUGUUUUUUGUAACAUGUUUUAUUCUUUUUUCUAUGUUUUUUUCUUUCUUUUUGUAAUUUCAAAAUUGGAAUAAAUAUUCUUUAAAAAAAAAAAAGGGAAAAACCUAUCCUUAAAAAGGGCUUCCCUCUAUAGAAAGUCUGGUGGGUACCACUCUUCAGGGGACUGAUCCCUCCCUUCUCGUCCGGCCUGCAGACCAACCUGACCUUCGUGGGUUGCGUGGGGAUGCUGGACCCUCCUCGGAAGGAAGUGAUGCUGUCCAUCGAGAUGUGCAAGAAAGCCGGCAUCCGGGUCAUCAUGAUCACUGGCGACAACAAGGGGACGGCCGUGGCCAUCUGCCGGAGGAUUGGGAUCUUCUCGGAGAGCGAAGAGGUGGCGGACAAAGCCUACACGGGGAGGGAAUUUGACGACCUCUCGCCGGAGGAUCAGAGCAACGCCUGCCGCUCUGCUCGCUGCUUUGCCCGUGUGGAGCCUGCCCACAAGUCCAAGAUAGUGGAGUAUCUGCAGUCGUUCAACGAAAUCACAGCUAUGGUGAGCUUUGGAAACGGGGACUCCCUCUCUGUCUUGUUGCAUCUGAAGCCUCCAAGCAUGUUCCUGAAUCAGAUUUCGGAGCUAGCUGGCUCCAAAUCCCCUUCCAGUUGCUGGACCUGCAGAUAAUCUUGGGAAAUAGCUUGGGUGGGAGUGGAUUGGGCCCAAGGCAGCUGAAAGAUCGUGUCUCCCUGUAUGAAGCUGACCAGGUGCUAAGAUCCUCAGGUGAGCACCUUCUCCCAGUCCCUUCAGUAUCAGAGGUGUAGCUGGUGGUGACCCAAGAUAGGGCCUUUUCUGUGGCUGUUCGCAUACUGCAGAAUUCUUCUUCUUCUUCCCCAAUAGAAUAGGCCAGGCUUCCUCAGCUUCGGCCCUGCCAGCUAGGGAUCAUGGGAGUUGUAGGCCAAAAACAUCCGGAGGGCCAAGGUUGAGGAAGCCUGGAGUAUGCUAAGACCUUCUUGUUCAGACAGAAACCUUUGGGAAUUAAGGUGCAGACAGUGCUGCCCAAUGGGCUGCUAUCAGGGCAAACUAGAUUUUAAUUGCUGGUUCUAAAUGUGCAUUUAAACUAAUUUGUUAUUAACACAUUGUAUUUUAUAACAUGUUUAAAUAUUAUAGGCUUGCUGGCUUCUCACAGGUGUCUGGUUUGCCCCUGUGAGAAAACAAUGCUGGCCUAGAUGGCUCUUCUUAUGUUCCUUCCAGUGACAAGGGUUUUUCUUUGUGCUCCAGACCGGCGACGGAGUGAACGAUGCCCCUGCGUUGAAGAAAGCCGAAAUCGGCAUCGCCAUGGGCUCCGGCACAGCGGUGGCAAAGUCAGCGGCGGAAAUGGUCUUGUCCGACGACAACUUCUCCACCAUCGUCGCAGCCGUGGAGGAGGGCCGCGCCAUCUACAAUAAUAUGAAGCAGUUCAUCCGCUACCUCAUUUCCUCCAAUGUCGGAGAAGUGGUCUGGUAAGCGCCUUCUCCCUGCAUUCUGGACCCAGGAAUGCCUGUGGCCCUCCAGACGGGUGCCAACUCACACCAGCCAGCAUGGCCAAUGGUCACGGGUGAUGAUGGAAGUUGUAGUCCAAAAUAUUGGGAAGGUGCCUUCAAAGCCAUCAAAGAUUGCGUAAAUGCACCUUGUUUGCUUCAUCCCUUGGGUGCUCCCCAGCAGACAAGUUUGGCUUGAGCAUGGGUUCCACUCCUAAUUCAUAAGCUUUAUAAUAAUAAAGCAGGGGGUCCCCAGCGAGCCAGAUCUUUAUCUCCCCCACAAAUGGGCUGACUUUGACAGGUGGGAAGAAUGCAGAAUUGCACACCAGUACAUCAGCUGAUGGGCAGGGAGUUCAGUCCUGUUUUUUGAAGCGUUGAGUUACACCAGAGCUUUCACCACAGAGAACUAAGCAGAACAGAUGUUCUAGUAGAGAACUGGGUGCCUCUCAGGUGAUAGAUGGGAGGAGAGUAUUAGAUGGUCCAGCAGGAGAGGGGCACAAGUCUAUUACAGCUUCAGAUAUUAGGGAUGUGCCUAAUUUGUAUAUGCUUGGCAGUGGUACUUUGUACAUGGGUUGUAAUAUUGUUGAGGGUGAGUGAUCUAUGUAUAAGGGGUUGAUGGGGGCAAUGUUGGAAUCAACGAACGCUUGUGGUGGUUGUGUGAAACGGGGUGGUGAGUAAAAUGGGAUGGAUGAUUGCAUGCAGGUUGUGGCGCUUGAAAUUUAUACCACCUUGCAGGGCUCUCCAAUUUUAUUCAUUCCUUAUUACAUUUGUGGAUAUUGUUAAUGCAUUUUGUUAUGUGACACAUUUGGCAUGGUUUUAUCUUGCUGAUUGUGUGCGCAACCCACUUUGAGAUCUUUUAGCUAGCAGCGUGGUCUAUAAAUGGAAAUAAUAAAGAAGUAAACUCACCAUGCCUCAGCCAAUAGGCGGGGAGUUCAAUCCUGCUUUCCAGCUGCAUCUCUUCUUGCCCCGCAUUUCAUGUCACAAAUGGGGGGAGCCCUGGAGGUUUCCAAUCCUUGGUUUCUGGAAACCAGGCCUUAUGAGGAAUGGUUGAAGGAGCUGGAUAUGUUUAGCCUGGGGAAGAGGACACUGAGAGGAGAUUGGAUAGCCAUCUUCAGCUAUCUCAAGGGCUGUCACAUGGAGGAGGGAACAAGCUUGUUUGCUCCUGCUCUGGAGGGUAGGACUCAAACCAAUUGCUUCAAGUUACAAGAAAGGAGAUUCUGUCUAAACAUCAGGAAGAACUUUCUGAUGAUAAGAGCUGUUUGACGGUGGAGGGUCACCUUCAGGAGGUUGUGGACUCUCCUUCCUUGAAUGUUUUUAAGCAAAGGCUGGAUAGCCACCUGUCAUGGCUGCUUUAGUUUAGAUUCCUUGAUUGCAGGGGUUGGACUAAAUGACUCUUCGAGUCUCUUCCAACUCUACAAUUCUAUGAUCCCCUGAAAUCUGGCCCACAGACCUGAGGUUUAUCACUUGUGUGAUAAAAAAAGAAAAGCACUGGGAGUGAAAUCAAGUCAUGGUAGAAUUUCUGUGUGUUUCUUUCCCCCAGUAUCUUCCUGACAGCCAUCCUGGGCCUCCCCGAAGCGUUGAUCCCAGUCCAGCUGCUUUGGGUCAACCUGGUGACCGAUGGGCUGCCAGCGACGGCUCUGGGCUUCAAUCCGCCUGACCUUGACAUCAUGGACAAGCUGCCGCGGAAUCCCAGGGAGCCUCUGAUCAGCGGGUGGCUCUUCUUCCGCUACCUUGCCAUUGGAGGUGAGAAACGAGGCCAUGUUCAACACUAGGGAUUAGGGACAAAAGGAGAAUUUUGGAGAGACUGCUUUAACCCCCAUUCCCAGCACAGAGUUUAGUUCCCAUAGGGAGACUGUGAGCAUAGAGUCGGGUCCUCUCUGCAGAUGUUUGCCCAGAAUGCAUCAGAAUCCAGCAGGUGUCAGGUGACCGUGGGGUGGGGCUAAGGGUGGAGCAUCACAGCCUCUUCAUUCUCGCCACCCCUUGGUGUGGUUAAAAGGCUAGCGAGAUUUUACCUCAGGUGUAUCUCACGUUCUAAACCAAAUCUCCGUAGUUACAGCCAAUGACGAGCAUCAAGGAAAUACGAUGAGAGCCACAUGAAAUGCAUUAUCCAAUAGGAUGUAUAAUAGGGUGAAAAGGAAUAAAACAAAAUAAAAUACCACAAUUGGCCUUUUUGGUGGUGGCUCCCUGUUUGUGGAAUGCUCUCCCCAAGCCUGGCACCGUUAUUAUACGUCUUAAGACACCAGGCAAAAACAUUCCUUUUUAACCAGACCUUUGGCUCCUAACGACCUGUGGCCUUCUAGAGUGGCUGGGAUGUUAUAAUGCAUUAUCCCUUUCCUAUCUAGUUUUAAUGUAUUUAUGGGGGUUUUCUUGUGGGGGGUUAAGCUUUUUCAUAAGUUGCUUUGGGUUGCCAUGGCAAAAAAGUGACUAGUAAAUUCAUUUAAUUAUAAGUAACUAAAAAUAGCACGGCAUGAAACAAAAUGGGCAUCAACGUUCUGUCACUGUGUCACAAGCUUCAAAGAGGAAAACUGCAAAAUGUCUGGGUCGGUUCCUGGUGGGUUUUGCUUAGCUGGAGUGCGGCACUUGGCUACUCUGAGAGCGAGAGAUAUUCGGCUUCCCUGCUUCCUUCCAAUCACAUCUUUGUUGCAGUUAGAUUGUAAGCCUUCUAGGCGGGGCUUUGUUCGCCGAUUUUAUGUUCUAUAAUGCCCAGCAUCUUAACAAGGCAGUUAACAGGUCUCCUCAGAAGUAAAUCCUACUGGGGCCAAUGGGACUUAAUUCCAGAUAAGUGGGAAUAGCAGUAUUGGGGCAUCUCUAACUGAGGGUCUAAUUCGGCCUGCCAGGGCCUUCCAUUUGUCCCAUGUUUUGGACAAGACAAGACAAGACAAGCCCCACCCACCUGCCUCACAUAGCUGUCAACUUUUCCCUUUUCUUGCGAGGAAUCCUAUUUGGAAUAAGGGAAUUUCCCUUUUAAAAAAGGGAAACUGUUAAGUUGUGGGCGAACAUACCAGACGACACAGCGAUUCUUCAAACAGCUCUUGUUUAUUCAAAGGCCAGAACAGAACUGAACUGAAGAGCUCAGUCAGCCUGCUUAUAUAGAGCUCCAGAACAACGUAACUGUAGCAACUUUCUAAAACUAUCCAAUCACUGAACGUCACUUUCGAUCCUUCAUUUGCAUAACCAUCUACAGUAUCCCCCUGCUGGCCCAGGGUGAGAACUUCAGUACAUAAUAGAAACGUUGACAGCUAUGCUACCUCACCCUAUGCCUUCUUCCCACUGCACAAUGUAGGCCAGCUAAAGAAGCCACUUGAGCGAAAGGGGAAAUUGUAGACACCUCCCAUCAGCUGGUUGGCAGCAACUGCAAAGAUCUGUCCUUUCCAAGCACCAACAAUCAGCUGAUUGCCUGGGCUUCCCUGCCUAACAGCUGUGCCAAAGUGACAUCAUUGCGAUGUUGUGUGAUUGACAGGCCAGGGGCCCUGCCCACUUGCCAGACAUGUCCCAUGGGAGGUGGAGUAUAAAGCUUGUGGUAUUUAGGUUGCACCAUCAGAAAUGCCGGUGAACAGAAGCUGCCCAGGGAGAGUCUUUUGAUUGUAGCCUUUGAAACAAAUAAAUAAUGCUCAGAGUGGGGCUGCCCUGUAAAGCCUGCUUGGAGGAUAUGGCUACUGUCGAAUGGCUGCCUUCCGAAGGCAGCACAAUAGCACACAGAGUUUAGCCUGUGUGAUCAAUUACUUUUUCCUCCUUUCCUUGCAGUGUAUGUUGGCUUUGCCACUGUGGGUUCAGCUACCUGGUGGUUCUUGUAUGACCCCGAAGGACCACAAGUUACCUUCCACCAGCUGGUAAGUUGAUAGUCCAGUGCAGGGAAAACACGUGAGAAUAUCAGAAGAGCCUGGAUCUGGCCCAUCUAGUCCAGAAUCCUGCUCUCACAGUGGCCGACACACGAGCAGGAUCCAAGCGCAAGAGGACUCUCCCCUCCUGCGGCUUCUGUUAUUCAGAAGCAUUCCUGCCUCAGACCACGGAGGCAGAGCAUAGCUAUCAAGGAAGCCUAGUCAUUCUUGUUGUCAACCCACAGGGAUAGCAAUUUCGUGACUGCUGCUAGCAAAACAGGGAAUAAAGUAAUUUAAUUUUUAGGAGCAAAAGGCUCCUCUGGAACCUGUUGGUAGUGGUGGUGAAAGAUCCCCCCAUCUCCAGACUUGUGUUUAUAUUCUUCCCACAGAGGAACUUCAUGCGAUGCACAGAGGACAACCCCAUCUUCGAAGGCGUCGACUGUGACAUUUUCGAAUCACGUUACCCAACCACCAUGGCGCUCUCUGUGCUGGUGACCAUUGAGAUGUUAAAUGCACUCAACAGGUAUGGCAUUGCCAGCCAUGCAUCUCCUUCCCUUAAAAAAAAGGUUUGGGUAUGAAAUUAAGAAGAAAUGGUCCAGCAAAUGGGAACUGGCUAACACAGGUACAAUCUGUGGCCCGUUUAAUCCAGGAAGGGGAUUUUCUGCAUCACGUGUAAAUCAUGCGUAGAUGUGCAGAGAACCUUGACAUCUGCAUGUGCUUCUGAAUCAUGCAAGUUCAAAAUCAUUUGGGCAGAGCAUGCUCUGUGGCAUAAAUUAUUGUUGCCUCUAGUGGAAAAUGCCUAGAGUUGCACAGGAAUUAUGAGAAACCAAAACAAAAACCCACCACAGAGUAGUUUUGAAAAGUUUUGGUCCGCCAUCGUGAUUUCAAGUGGCUUCCAAACAAAGACCAGAACCUGAAAACCGCUUCCCAAAAUACAGUUGUACCUCGUGUUAUGUACUUAAUCUGUUCUGGAGGUCCGUUCGUAACAGGAAACUGCUUGUAACAUGAGACGUGCUUUAUCUAAUGGCGCCUCCCGCUGCUGCCGCGCCGCCGGAGUGCGACUUCCGCUCGCAUCCCAGGGCAAAGGUCGCAACAAGGGACAUCUACUUCCGGGUUAGCGAAGCGCAUAAUCUGCAGCAUUCGUAAGGGGGACGGGGCCACCACCGUCAUCAUCUUCAUCAUUAUCCCCAAUAUCAAAAGUAUCAGUAUAAUACGUUUGUACUAUAGCACAUUGGACUUUAAUUUGGGUCAUGGGUUUUUUGGGCUCGAGUAAAGUGACAGACGCGGGUGGCACUGUGGGUUAAACCACAGAGCCUAGGACUUGCCAAUCAGAAGGUUGGCGGUUCGAAUCCCCGCAACGGGAUGAGCUCCCGUUGCUUGAUCCCUGCUCCUGCCAACCUAGCAGUUCGAAAGCACAUCAGAGUGCAAGUAGAUAAAUAGGUACCUUCUGGCGGGAAGGUAAACGGCGUUUCUGUGCACUGCUCUGGUUCGCUAGAAAUAACUUAGUCAUGCUGGCCACAUGACCCAGAAGCCGUACGCCGGCUCCCUCGGCCAAUAAAGUGAGAUGAGCGGCGCAACCUCAGAGUCAGUCACGACUGGACCUAAUGGGGUCCCUUUACCUUUAAAGUGAUGAAAUUUGGGGAGGUAAAGCUGAUGGUCUCUCCUAUCCUUUUCAUGGGUGAAUUAUGGGGGGAAGAAGGAUGCAUGUGCAAAAAUGGAGGGGGUGCAUAGCAAAGUUUUCCUGUGUUGUUUCUGAUCACACCCACCAGAGUCAGUGAGAUUUAGUGUGACUAGAUGGUGUAUUGAUUUAAAAAAUCCCCCAGUUCCAUAACUCAACAGGUAUUGCAGUGUGAAAGGAACGUUAGGGAUCAGUUCAGAAGCUCUAGCGUUAUAAUCAGGAAAACUAACCCAAUAUUCCCAACGUCUGAAUGCACCCCAUCUCUCCCACAGUGUGUCUGAAAACCAAUCGCUGCUCAGGAUGCCUCCUUGGCUGAACCUCUGGCUCCUGGGGGCCAUUGUCAUGUCCAUGGCUCUGCACUUCCUGAUCCUCUACAUGAAGCCAUUGCCUGUAAGUAGAUAGAACCUGCAUUUUGUAGGGCGGCCAGAUGCAGAUGAGACCCAGGCUGCCCAUGCCUGAAAUCCCCAUCUCCUACUCCACUAUUAAAGGUGCAGGAGACAACCCUCGCCCCAUCCUCUUCAGCAUCUGACCACCCAGUCACCAUGAGAGAGGGGAAGCCUUGGACCCCAAGAAAGAUGCUACCCGCUCUCCCACUUUCUGAGCAGGCUGGGUCCACAUGUGGUCCCUUUCAGGACUGGACUUGGCAGGGUAAACAUAACCAGUUGCCUUGUUACUGAGUCAGGAAGUUGGUCCUAGUAAAGCAGUGGUUCCCUAAGUGGGCUGUACCCUGGGGAGCAGGCAGUGGGAUUAACUGGGGGGGGGGCACUAAGGCCCCAUUCAGAUGUCUACUUCUGCCAUGCCUAGAAAGCGUGAGUCUAGGCACUUUUCCACUUGCCCAGCUCCUUCCAAGGGAAUACCCACUCUCUAGUGAUAGAUUGGAACAAAUGGCAAUCCAGGGGGAACCCAAAUUGCUGUUUGCUCUGAUUGAGCUCUAAAGAGCGGUUCUAAGAGGACAGCAGGAGGUGCAAAUGAGCAUCAGACCUUGAAAAGCUGGCACCACUGGAUCCAUUUCAUUGAACUGGUGUUUAGAAUUUAGUUUAAUUUUCAUUGGCUUUUGAAUAAAUGUGCAAUUAAUUGUUACUGUUUUGAUUUUUGUGUGUGUUAUUGCCUUCCUUAGUGCAAACCGCUAUUCUCAAUAAUGCUUUUUCAUAGGAUAGGAUAGGGGGCACUGGAGAUGAGUUUAUGGAACCAAGGGGGCAGUGGCCUGAAAAAGUUUGCAAACCCCUGGUCUCAAGCAAGUAUGGAGCAACCUGUGGCCUUCCAGGUGGCCUCCGACCCCCAUCACACCUGAGCAUUGGCCAUGCUGACUGGGGGCUGAUGGGAGUUGGAGUCCAACAACAUCUGGAGGAACUCAGGUUCUACAUUCCUGAUCUAGACCAACAGCUGCUCUCCGGAGUCUCAGUUAGAGAUCUUCCCCAUGAAGCUUCUGUUUGAUGAAGGGGAGACACCAGACAUCAAUCAUACAACCUCCCGUGUGCAAACUUUCCCCAUAUAUUUGUCUCCCUGCUGGGAGACCCAUUGUGGGCUAACAUUGUAUAUGUUUGUUUAAAUUCACAUUUAGAGGUUGUUGUGUCCCGUCCCCCCCGAAGCAAAAACAUUAUCCAGCAAGAAAAAUAUUGCAUUGUGACGUACUCCCAUUCGUGGUUCUAGUUAUGAAGUUACACCCUCCUCCAGGAAACUCCAUUCCGUUUCUCCUCCCCUUUUCCAUGUUUCCCUCUGCAGACACUCAGCAAGCUCAUUGGGCUGCUGGAAGUGUCGCCAUGCUUGGGGAUCUUUUUCUAUAAAAAAAACUAUGCAGUGCUAUAAACCUCAGGGUUACCACCGUGAGUCUGCUGAUUCUUGUGCCUUGACAGUGGCCAUAUUGGUUACAAAAUGAUUGGCACUUGCCUCUGAACAGAAGGACAGGUGUGAUACGUAUCCUCUGCUUGCUUUCCAGCUGAUCUUCCAGGUGACACCACUUAGCUGGCCCCAGUGGGUAACGGUGCUGAAAAUCUCCUUGCCGGUUAUCCUGCUGGAUGAAGGACUCAAGUACCUUUCCCGCAAUCAUUUAGAUGGUGAGUGUGUCCUGUGGUGGGGUUGGCAGUCCUCUCCUUGCUUUCUUGCAUGUGCAUGGGCCACUUAGGAACCCUGCUAGUGGGGUCACAAUUAUCAUAAUAACAAUAAUAAUAAUAAUAAUAAUAAUAAUAAUAAUAAUAAUAAUAAUAAAAAAUUAUUUAUACCCCGCCCAUCUGGCUGGGUUUCCCAAGCCACUCUGGGCAGCUCCCAAAAAUAUAUUAAAACACGAUAGAACAUCAAACAUUAAAAACUUCCCUAAACAUUGCUGCCUUCAGAUGUCUUCUAAAAGUCAGAUAGUUGUUUAUUUCCUUGACAUCUGAUGGGAGGGCGUUCCACAGGGUGGGUGCCACCACUGAGAAGGUCCUCUGCUUGGUUCCCCGUAACCUCACUUCUUGCAGGGAAGGAACUGCCAGAGGCCCUCGGAGCUGGACCUCAGUGUCUGGGCUGAACAAUGGGGGUGGAGACGCUCCUUCAGGUAUACCGGGCUGAGGCCAUUUAGGGCUUUAGAGGUCAGCACCAACACUUUGAAUUGUGCCCAGAAACGUACUGGGAGCCAAUGUAUCAGCACAGAUAAGAGCAUAAGAAGAGCUCUGCAAGGUCCGGCCAGUGGCUCAUCUGGUCCAGCAUCUUGUUCUCACAGUGGCCAACUAUAUGCACCAGUGGGAAACUGGUAAGUGGGACACGAAUACAAGAACACUCUCCCCACACCCCUGUGAUUUCCAGCAACUGGUAUUCAGGAAUCUUGGGGGAGGUACCUUGUCAAAAUGUUUUUUGAAGGUCCAAGUCCACUAGAUCACCUCUGCCUAUAUCAGGCUUUCCCAAAUUUGGGUAUCCACAUUUGGACUACAACUCCCAUCAUCCCUAGCUAGCAAGACUAGUGUUCAGGGAUGAUGGGAAUUGUAGUCCGGAAACUGCUGGAGACCCAAGUUUUGGGAAAUCCUGACCUAUAUGAUUGCUGACACUUGUAGAACUCUUAACAAGUGUGUGAAACAGGACUCGCCCUUGCAGAAGCCUGGGAGUAAGUCCUGCUUAGCUCAGUGAGGUUCACUUCUGUAGAAAUGGACAGUUUACAUGAGAAACAUGUCGUUCUUCAGAAGUCAUUUUGAGUGACUUUGGAACUCCCUGCCUAGAGGCCUCAGGCAGGUACUUUCACAGUACACUUUUGGGCACCUGCAAAAAGAAAGCAUUUCUUUUUCGGCAAGCCUGUCCACGUAUGCAGACUGUUGCCAUGUGCUUUAAUCUGUUUUUAUCUUACUGUUGGUUUUAUUUUUUAUAAAUAGCUGUUCUUAACUGUUUUAUGUUACUGCUUUAUAAUCUUUUCGAAAUCCAGUCUGAGGGUUUUUCCUUGCAAUCAAGUGGCAUCUAAAUUAUACAAAAUAAAUAAAUAAAAAUUGCAAUUGUAAGUCUAAACGGAAGUUUGCUGGAGCAUUCAUUAUUGUAUUUUAAUGAAUUAUUGUAUUUUAAUAUUUUGUUAAAAGCUGCCCAGAGUGACUGGGGAAACCCAGCCAGAUGGGCGAGGUAUAAAUAAUGUAUUAUUAUUAUUAUUAUUCAUAACCGUGACUAAGCUGCUCCUGUCCAGGUGGGGUCGUAGUUGGCUGCUAGAAGGUCUGUGAGUGCCACGGAUAUCGCAUGGCCUUCCAGGGACAGAGCUGGCUCUAUCCCCACACACAGACAACACACAAAAUGUAAAUCCGAUCCUUAGGGGAGAAUGCAAUCCCAUUCAGAGCAGGUUAGGUACCAGCUCUCUCGGCUUCCCACUCCUGCUAUUGCCUUGCAGGAAUUUACAAAUCCUCUUAAAUCGAUUGUGGCGUUUUUCUCCUUCUUUGCCUGCCAAUGUAACCUGCUCUCUUGGAGACCAUAAAAGGCCCCUUUGAAGCACAGCAAGAUCUCCAUAGUGACUCAUUACCGGUGGGCAUAGAACAGAGUCUUUGUGUCUGCCUUGGAUGCUGAGAGCCUGUCGUUCCCCCUGUCAUAAUAUGGCCUUGUAGGGUAAUCCUUUGCUGUCGUUACCUUGGAGCCAAAUUGACAUGUGCAAAGGGGGGGAGAGAAUGCUUUACGAGAAGACCAAACCCAUUCCCCCCCUCCAGGAGGGUUUCUGGCAUUGUUUUGCUUUUUAAGCAAAGAGAAAUGCUGUCUGCUACCUGACUUUAUGUCAGGAAGGCGGCUUUCGUGCUUUGAGGGCUUUUAAACAACGAUUGGGUUGGCCAUCUGUCAGGGAUUCUUUAGCCACAGUCCCUGCAUUGCAGGGGGUUGGACUAUAUGACCUUUGAGGUCAUAUAAUUGAGCUCUAUAAUUCUAUGCUCCACUUGCCACUUAGAGAGACCCCCAAAAACUAGGACACAGAGGCCUCUGAGGCAGAGCAAGCCCCAAGCCACUUGGAGACCCGCAUGUCUCGAUCUGGGCUACUAGGAAGGGAAAGGCCAGGCCCAAGGCUCAACACGAUUCAGCAAGUGUAGAUCUUGUUUCAGCAAGUACUGCAGAACCUAAGGUAAAGGUAAAGGGACCCCUGACCAUUAGGUCCAGUCGUGGCCGACUCUGGGGUUGCGGCACUCAUCUCGGUUUAUUGGCCGAGGGAGCCAGCGUACAGCUUCUGGGUCAUGUGGCCAGCAGGACCAGAGCAGCGCACGGAAACGCCGUUUACCUUCCCUCCAGAGCGGUACCUAUUUAUCUACUUUCACUUUGACGUGCUUUCGAACUGCUAGGUUGGCAGGAGCUGGGACUGAGCAACGGGAGCCCACCCCGUUGUGGGGAUUUGAACUGCCGACCUUCUGAUCAGCAAGUCCUAGGCUCUGUAGUUUAACCCAGAGCACAGAGUCAGCAGCUAUCUCCUGCUAUUGCAGCAAGUAACACUGCCCCUGAGGUUCCAUUCAUCGGUCAUGGGCCAUUGAUGGGGUCUAUCCUAUACGGCAAUUUUUGUUUAAUGGCCCUUUCCCAGCUAUUUGAGGUUAUGGUCCUUGCCAGGAACGUGGUUCAGAAGCUUCAGCUGGUCCAGAAUGUGGCAGCCAGACUGCUGAUAGGGCAUCUGGCUGACAACCUGUGACAUCAUUGUUAAAGCCUCUGCACUGGCUGUUUUUCAUCUAUUGUCCAGCCAAGGUCAAGAAAUUUGUAUUAAUUUGCAAAGCCCUGAACGACUUAGGCCAAGGGUAGUUCAGGCACUGCCUGAACCUUUGUAUCCCAGGUCGAUUCCUGAGUUCAUCUGCAGGAGAGGGUCAUUGGUUGUUCCUCAGGUUGGCACGGCUUACUUGACAACAACCAGAAACUGAGCCUUUAGUGUCAUUGGCUCGGUCCUGUGGAACACUCUGCCACUAGAUUUAGCAGGCACCUUCUCUGCCAACUUUUAAACUCCUACUGAAAAUUUUCCUGUUAUGCAGCCAAUUAAGAAUACAUCAUUCCACAAUAACUAGCUGAUUUCUGAUUUUAACUUUUUCAAAUUUUAUGGUAUGACUUUACAUAUAAUUGUUGUAAACAGCUCUGAUGUUUUUAAUGAAUAGCGGUAGAUAAAUAUUUUUAUAAAUAAGUCUCAUGAGGCAGUUAGUUGCACAAAGCAGCAAUCUCUUGCAUGAAUGACUUUCUUUUCCCUUUUGGGGGGGGGGCCCUCCUUCAAUUGCCCAUCAGUUUUGUGGGGUUACCUCCAUCCUGAGUUAUAGUAUUAUGGUUAAGGUAGGGGAAAAUAUUUUAUCUUUAAAAAAAAUGAAAACCGAUAAUCACUUCCCUUCUCUCCCCCUCCACUCAUUCUCCCCACCAUCACCAGGCAGAGAUGCGAAGAAAUGAAACGACACCAAAAGGAACUCAAUUUCUCCGCAAUUGAACCCUCAGCUCCUAACUGGGACUGAAGAGCCUGCAUGCCUGAACAUCACCAGAAGCCAACAAGGAAUAUGCAUGCUUUUGAAAAAGUGUCGGACUUAAUGCGGUUGAAUCGUUAAAGAAAAGGAAAAACAAACAAACAACCUGACUUUAUUUUUAGUUUUGUUUUUACUCUUGUUACAUAGCUUCCCCUUCCACCCUUGUACAUAGUGGUGCAAAGACUGGACAGCUAAAUUAUGGCUUAGGGUGUAGAAUUUUGCAGUGUCGUGGAGGCAGGAGAGCCUAGAUCCUUAAAGGUCUGCUUCUUCAAAAUGCAACCUUUUUUCCUAUAAUUUUCUCUUCUUCCCCACCCUCCAAAUCUUCAGUGCCCUAAAAACCUGUAUUUUUCUGUCUCAGAAAGGAAGUGAGCUUAUGGUAGUUUUGGGGAGAGUUCUUGACAGACACCACCCCUGCUCAGGAAGAGGUAGCAUUAAGUGCUCCCUUGAUGCUCUGACUUAAUUUAACUCUCACCUGAAACCCAUAAGGGAAAAAUCACACAAAUCGAAAUUUUGGAGAUUUUUUUCCCCCCUACCCCAAGCUAUAUUCCAAUGUAUCUCAAGGCAGUCAAAUACCCCUAAAUCCAAUCAACAAUGCGCUAUCAGAAGAAGAUUCUUUUAUGUAUUUAUUUUAUAAAUUUGCAUGCUAUGAAUCAAAUGUGGGGGGAAUCGUAUCUAGGCAAUGCAGAUAACAAAAUUGGCUUAACAUAAUUGUUUUAAAGCCAUCGAAAGUCAUAUCAGCCCAAGGACUGGGCCAUACGUCUGGGAAAGCUUGAGUAAAUAAGGAUGUUUUAAGUUCUUAAGGAAUCUGUUUCCUUUGAUCAGUUUUUGUUGAAAAAUGCUGUGGGAAAUUUUUGUUACUAACAUUGUCUGGGACUAAAAAAAAAAGGAAAUAAUCCCAGUGGCAAAAAUAAAUCAUUUUCUGGGAUAAAUUUCCCCUAGACUCUCCAAAAGAAAACUGUCUGGGCACAUAAAUUGAGCCAGAGUUGCAGAGAAUUUGGGGCAAUGGCAAAUCUUGGGAUAUUUAACCUUCUCCCAGAUUCUUUUUUGGAACUCAGAAAGAAAACGGUCAAUGGUAAGUGGCUAAAAUAUGUGGGCAUUAUUUACUACUGAACAUUGUCUUAGGUCAGCCUUGCUCAACCUGGUUGUGAUCCAGAGGUUUGGGAUCACAACCCCCAUCAACCAGCAGAGCUGCGCUAACCCGGGCGGAUGGGACUUGUAGUCCAAAACAUCUGGAAGGGCUUAAGCCAGACUGCCCUAAAUGAACUAUGCUAUAGAUCUUUGUGUAAAUCUGCAGUGGAAAGUGCCCUGGGGUGUAAUUGCAACCCCAAAGGUCUGAGUUAAUUUCAGUCCCAUUCAUUUAUCCUGCCUUUCAGUCUAUCAACCCUGGGAAUUACUGGGAGUUCUGUAAAGGGCUGAAUGUUGAAUGGUCUCUGCACACCACAAAACUACAAUUCCUAGGGUUGCGGAUUCUGUGUUUAUGCUGUGUUUUCAUUUGCUGUUUUUAUGUGAGAGAUACAAGUCCAGCUUAAGCUGUUUUCAACCACGGUUUGUUGGGUAGGUCUGCUUUGCACUAGGGAGUGAAUGCUAUCAACGUGUUGCCACCAUACUAACAUAACAUUUAAAAAUGUGGGUGUUGCACCUUCAUCUCAGGGAUGUUACUGUGGCACUUUUAGGUUCAUCCUAGCGCCGCAAAAGUUGGAGUGUUUGACUGCUUGCCGUGACCAAUUCUUGCACAAUUUAAUUUGCUACAAAAUCUUUUUUGGGUGGGGUGGAUUCUGGUGCAGAGUAUUGUGUGAAUACGCCACAUUAUCCUGCCACCUUUUUCUUGUUAAGGGUUUCCAUGACCUUUGGGACACAUUUCAGUACCCACGUGUCUUACCUUUCAAAUAACAAUAAGCCAAAAAGAAAUUCCGUGGACCAUUUGGAAUAAGCAACUGCAGAACUGAGAAUGCAUUAACCAAAUCUGAGGGGAACCCCUGAAGGUGAGUGAGGGCUGAGCAAGCUGGGGAAAACUUCCUUAUAUCUCCAGGCUAACAAACGCUGGAUCUGUUGAAGUUCUUGAUUGUCAUGUACAGACAAGCUGAAGUCACAGGCACAUAUUGUUAAAUGUACAGGAGCAAUGCCAGGAAAGAAGGUGGCAACCCAAUGUGUGUGUCAUAUUCAUGUUCCUAUAGUUAUCGCUUUGCUAAUAGAGUUUAAGCCCCUCUGUGUCUCAACUUGGGCUAUGCAUUUCUUUGCUUUAUUUAUAGAUACGUGGUUCAUGUGUUGUGCUAAGGCAAACCAUGGUUUAGGGUGAAUGCCCUGGCUCCCGAAGAGGAGAUUGCAGUUGCUGCUGGUUUGUUCUGCUGCUGGUUUGAGUUAAGCCAUGGUUUUGUUUAGCUUGUUGUCCAAACCUGAGCUUGUCGUUUAACUCUCCUGGACAAAGAACAUAACUCCUAGGACAGUCCUUGGUUACUGCUCAUGUUUAGUCUGUAGAGAGCUAAACCAGGAGUCCAGGCUCAGAUGGCAUGCUAAGCCGAAUUAUGGUUUGAUUUAGCAUGGGACAGCGGGCAAAGGGUCCCAUGCUCUAGGAUUCCGCAUGUUGGUGCUAAGCCAAGCUUAAUAUAACAUGCAAAUCCAUUGCUAAAUUUAAAACAUUGUUCAAACCUACUUAUCUGUCAUCUUUCCUAACCCAAAGAUAUCUCAGAACUGUAGUUUUUAGGCUAUGAAUAUUUAGAGAAAAAUGAUGCAAUGGUUUGUUUUUCUUUUGUAAGCUAAUGGGGGGUACUGAAACUGUCCCUCCCCCAAACUUUUUGAUGCCUUUUCUUGCAAAGCUGUUCACUUUCCAAUUUACCUUGCCCUCAUUCCCUCACUUACCCUUACUGAUGUCAUCAGGUAGACCAGGCUAGCCAAUGGGAUGCCCUUCAGCAGUUGUGGGAUUACAACUCCCAUGAGCCCCAGCCAAUGGUCAGCGAUGAUGGGGGUUGUAGCCGACCAACAGCUGUCUGCUCCUGAGAUAGCAAAGCAUGAUAGGUUGCACAGUAUUGCAGCAGCAAUCUUCAUGUGGCAUGAUCCCUGAUUGGCUAGACUUGCCCUCAAGAUGGAUCCUAGAAGGCAAAAGAAGCAGCAAGUGGGUAAACGAAAGCCAGUAAACAGGAUACGAAUCUGGGCAUUUGUACAUUCUAAACUGGUGGGGAAGGAUCUCUGCUGUACCAAAACGGCCAAUUUCUGCUGAAAACUAAAAGUGGAGAAUCUUUUCUAAAGCCCCAAUCCAGCCUCUUUGCAUUAUUUUCCCUGCUCCAGUGCCCUUCCAGAUAUUUUGGAGUAUUCUUCCUAUCAUCCUGGACCCAUGGCUGUACUGAAGGGCAAGUUUGGAAGGUUGACUCCAAUCUCAUAUCUUAGCUGAGACUAGACAAUUCUAUAAUUCUAUGAAGUUUGUAGCACCCCCCCUUUAAAUAAUAAUAAAAGAAACAACUACUGGAAUUCUCAGGGAAAGCCUAAACCAGAGUCCAGCCUGAUUUUGUCGUAUUUACCUUUGUUGUCUUGGAGGUAAUGCUUCACCCUUUAGCAUUUUUGUCGAAGGGUGUGAGUGAGGGGGAAGCCCUAAUUUUUGGCAAAGUGAGGGAAACACCUCAGGCUCCAGAUGUGGGGGGUAGGGGGCAGUGACAGCCCCCUACAGACGAUCCCCCAGAGUCCCCUGACCAUUCCAUUCUCUUGGGGAGCAGAGCUUUGUCUGCCACAGAGCCCCUAAAUUAAGGCCCAGGGCACAAUGCUAUCCUGUUGCUUGUGUUUAAAGGAAGAUUCAGCUGCCGAUCUAGUUGGCUUCUGGACAUGAAAUGGAAAGGAGGCCAUCUUGGCCAUACAUUUAAAGUGCUGUGAUCCCACCUUGAACCGUCAUGGCUUCUGCCCCAAAGAAUUCUGGGAGCUGCGGUUCGUUGAGGGUGCUGAAAGUUGCUAGGAGGCACCUAUUUCCCUCACAGAGCUACAGUUCCCAGAGUUCCCUGUGAAGAGGGAUUGCUUUAAUUAGACCACUCCAGGAACUGUAGUUGUGGAAGGGGAAUAGUGGUCUCCUAACAACUCUCAGGGUCCUUAACAAACUGCAGCUCCCAGAAUCCUUUGGGGGAAUCCAUGACGGUUUAAAGUGGUAUCUUUAAAUGUAUGGUGCCCGGCAGCAAAAAUGUCUUAGGCCAGCCCUGCCUAAGUAUUCUCAGUGUAGUUAUAGCAGGCUAAAAUCUGACAGGUACCCCCGAAAAGUUCAUCUGUGGAUUUAUUUUGUUUUUUGUUUUAAGAGAGACAGGCAAAGAGAGAUCAGUCACACAUAUUGGACCUGCUUAAGCAGCUUUUGUUUUAUUUUUUAAAAUGACGAUUCUCCAAUAUGCUGAUUGAAUAUCAGGCCACCCCUUUCUUCUUUAUCACCAGCAUUGUAUAAAAUAAGACGUUAAUUAAAUGAUUGGGAGCAUCACCAGGCCUCUGGGAGUGUACAGACUUGAAUAUACUACUGAGUUGGUUUUGCUGUACAGGAAAAAAAAAUUCUUGCAUGAAAUGUUGUUACUGUAUUUAAUAUAUAAAUGUAUUCAAGGAAUUUUAAUAUGGAGGUUUUUUGGAGCGGGGGAAAAAACCCUUUAUAGAUACUGUGUGUGAUUUCAGGAAAGUUGUUUUAAGAAACAGAAAGAAAAGUUAUUCUUCACACU